AGACCAUGCAUAUAGACAACUUACCGCUUGUGGUUUGGACACUCCUACUAAUAACGACACAUGUAGCGACACAAAGCCAAUAUGGAAUAGGUUUAGGAAUAAAACGAGAAGUAUUUUUCUUAAAUUUAGAAGACGGCUAUUUUGGUUGUCAAGUAAACGAAUCAACACAAAUAUUACAAUUAUAUGAAUUAUCUAAAUUAUGCGACGGUGUGCCGGAUUGUUUUAAGGCCUCGGACGAACUCAAGUCAGAGUUAAAAUGUACAGAUGAUUGUACCAAAGAAGAUGGCGCGCAGUGUAUAAAUGGUGCUUGUCUUAACGGUGUGUGCCAUUGCAAUGAUGGUUUUGGUGGUUGUAAUUGUCAAGAAUCCGAUAUAAAUGAAUGCAAAGACAGGCCAUGCGAUGUAUUUGCUCACUGCACAAACACAGUCGGUAGUUUUCAGUGUUCAUGUUUCCCAGGCUACGAAGGCGACGGAUUCACUUGUAGAGAUAUUAAUGAAUGUGAAGAUCCGACAAUAGCCUCGCGUUGCGUACAAAACGCUGAAUGCUGUAACCUACCAGCUCAUUUUAUUUGCAAAUGCAAUCGAGGUUUUGAAGGUGAUGGCGAAGACGAGUGUAGAGAUAUUGAUGAAUGUCGACGGCCUGGCGCUUGCGGUAUUAACGCUGUUUGUCAGAAUUAUCCAGGAAAUUACACUUGCUCAUGUCAACUAGGAUAUACUGGCAAUGGAUUUGAUGGUUGUAUCGACUUGGACGAGUGUGCGAGCGGGGAUGUUUGCGGCUCCGGUGCGUUAUGCCGUAACAUUGAAGGUGGUUUCGAGUGCAGUUGCCCACCUGGCUUCGAGGGCGAUCCUCGUAUUGCUUGUCACGACCAUGAUGAGUGCUCACGGGCUGCUUGUGGCCGCAAUGCUCACUGCGAAAACCUUCCAGGCGCCUAUCGCUGUAUUUGUCCUCCUGGUUUUGAAGGCGAUCCAGACGAAGAGUGUAUUGACUUGGAUGAAUGUAAGAGUAGCGAGACUGUGUGCAGCGUUCAUGCAGUAUGUACCAACACAAUUGGCAGUUUCGUGUGUGCGUGCAAAGCCGAAUAUACAGGAGAUGCACGCGCACCUGAGGGUUGCCGCGAUGUCAACGAGUGUGAAACCCUUGAACGACCAUGUGGUACCCAUGCAAUUUGCGAAAAUGCUGCACCUGGAUACAAUUGUAUAUGUCCUCAAGGAUAUAGAGCUAAGCCUGAUCCACAGAUAGCUUGCGAACAGGUCGACGUAAACACAUUAUGUACAUCCAACUUUGACUGCACUAAUAAUGCCGAAUGUAUUGACAACCAAUGUUUUUGCAAGGAGGGAUUCAAUUCUAAGGGAUCUGUUUGUAUUGAUAUCGAUGAAUGUGAUAAUAAACAAACAAUUUGUGGAGAAAAUGCUAUUUGUGUCAAUACUCUUGGUGGAUACAAUUGUGAGUGUGGAAUUGGAUUUAUUGGUUCUCCCCCAAAACUAGCAUGUCGUGCUCCUUGUGAAGAUGUUAAAUGUGGCGAGCAUGCCUAUUGUAAGCCUGAUGGUUCAGAAGCAUACUGUGUCUGUGAAGACGGGUGGACAUUUGAUCCAAAUGAUAUAGCAGCUGGAUGUAUCGAUGUCAAUGAAUGCGACACUUCAAUUGAACCUAUUGGCCGGUGUGGAACAAACGCACUUUGUUCUAAUACUUUGGGCAGUUUUGUUUGCUACUGCCCAGAAGGAUAUAGUGGCGAUGCUUAUAAACAAUGUUCAGACAUUAAUGAAUGUGAAGUAGACAACGCUUGCGGUAUUGGCGCAGACUGUAUUAAUAAAGAUGGCUCUUUUGUAUGUGAAUGUCCUGAUAAUACUAUACCAGACCCUGACGCCAAAAUACGUUGCGCAGAAAUAUUGACAUGUAAGAAUGAUAAUGAAUGUCCCGGAAAUGCUUUGUGCGAUGCUAAUUCAAGAUGUCUAUGUCCAGAACCUAAUGUAGGAAAUGAAUGUCGGCAUCCUUGUGAAACCCUCCAAUGUGGAAGUAAUUCAGAGUGUUUAUUGAACGAUCAAACUGCGCUGUGUACAUGUCGAAGUGGAUACACAGGUGAUCCUUCAUCCAGUGGUUGUCAAGACAUUGAUGAAUGUAAAGUGAAUCCUUGUGGCUCAGGAGCUGUAUGUAAAAAUUUACCUGGACGAUUUCAAUGCGAGUGUCCUAGUACUUUCAAUGGAGAUCCCUAUAUAGAUGGCUGUAUACCUGGAAAGAUGCCAAGUGAAUGUAGUAAUACCAAUCCGUGCCCUCAGGGUGAACAAUGUAUAUUACACGAUGGCGAAAAUGUUUGCAUUUGUUCUCAAGGUUUCAUACGCAAUAAGGAAACUGGGUUAUGUGAAGAUAUUAAUGAAUGUACACAACAUGGACACUCUCCCUGUGGAUUAAAUGCUAUUUGUAAAAAUUUACCAGGUAGCUACGAAUGUAAAUGUCCUUCAGAUUAUAGUGGAAAUCCUUAUAAUUUAUGUGAUAUAUGUACAGACAUAAGUUGCCAAUGUCAACUUCCAUAUAAAUUAAUUGAUGGUAAUUGUGUAUUAUCUGGUUGCUCAAAAGAUAAAAAAUGCGGAAAUGGGGCUGAGUGCAUUGUGAUAUCAGAUGAAGUCAGUUAUUGUGCUUGUCCUAUUGGAUACUCUCAAACUUCUGAGAGCGCAUGCGAAGAUAUUAAUGAAUGUACAUCUGGUCAACCUGUUUGCGGAUUUGGUGCAGAAUGUGUUAACACUGUUGGGUCAUACACAUGUAAAUGUCCUUUUGGAUACAGUAAAGAUCCGAUAUCUGGUCAUUGUACUUUAAAUCAAAAACGUUGCAUUUCCGAUUCCGAUUGUUUUCCCAACGAGAAAUGUAUACAACCGGGUAAAUGUGUCUGUCCCCCACCUUUCUAUCUUGAUGUUACUGAUGGACAGAAAUGCAAAAGCCCUUGUGAGCGCUUUACCUGUGGUAUUAAUGCAAAGUGCACACCUAGUAAUCCACCGAGAUGCAUGUGCAUGAUUGGCUAUGAAGGGGAUCCGUAUACAGGGUGUACAAAUAGAAACGAAUGCCACAGUGCUCCAUGUGCCUAUGGUGCAAUAUGUCAUGACCAAAAGGGAGGAUAUCAAUGUGUCUGUCCUCAAAAUAUGGUGGGAGAUCCAUAUAAAACGGGCUGUUCUGUUGAUAUGGGACCGUCACAAAAACAGUUGUGCAGUAGCGACAGCGAGUGCCCUAAUAAUCUAGCUUGUCUGAAUCGUACUUGUAUAUCACCAUGCACUAGUGUAUCAUGUGGAGCCAAUGCUUUCUGUGAAGUAGAUAAUCAUGCAGCCUGGUGUCGUUGUAAUCCAGGAUAUACAAAACCAGAAGGUGGAAAAUGUAUUACAGGCUGUGAUACUUAUUCGUGUGGAAGUGGUGCCCAAUGCAUAAUAUCAAAAACUGGCCCAACAUGUGUAUGUCCUGAAGGAAUGGUUGGCAAUCCGUUUCCCGGAGGUGCUUGUAGGAGGGAUGUUUGUGGACCGGGUGUUCCAUGUGAAGAGCCAUUAACAUGUCUUGCGGGCCGUUGUCGACAGCGUUGCGACGGUAUUGUUUGUGGUGUUGGAGCAUCUUGUGACGAAGAAAGUGGCAAAUGUAUUUGUAAUGCAUUCUUUAUUGGAAAUCCUGACUUAUUGUGUAUGCCACCUAUAUCACCACCAGUAUGCGACCCGAAAUGUGGAGAAAAUGCACAUUGUAUAUACGGACAAUUGAAUACAUGUAAAUGUAAUAAAGGCUAUACUGGAAAUCCGUAUAUGAAUUGUCUGCCACGUAAACAAAUUACUUGCGCUAAAGCUACUUGUGGAAGUAACGCUGUCUGUCAACAAACUCGAUCACAUGUUGAAUGUUUAUGUCCACCUGGCUAUAUUGGAAAUCCUAACAUACAAUGUACUGAUAUAGACGAAUGUAUUUCUAAACCAUGUGCCGAAAAUGCCAUUUGUAUAAAUACUCCUGGCAGUUUUAGUUGUAUUUGCAAGAGCCGCUACGUUGGUAAUCCAUAUGAAUUGUGUUCUCAAGUUUCUAUUUCAAAAUGUGUAGAAGGUAGCAUAUGCACAUGUUCUCAUAAUGCAACAUGCCCGGAUGGAUAUAUUUGUGAAAAGUCCAGGUGUGUAGAUGUAUGUCAAAAGGUAAUGUGUGGACCUAAGUCUCUCUGUGAAGAAGGCAUCUGUCAUUGCAUUCCUGGUCACUCUGGUAAUCCGAAUGACCUUCAAAGAGGUUGCGUACCCGAUAAUAUCUGCAUGGUAGAUGGUGACUGUAAAGAUUCUGAGAUAUGUUUCCAAAUUGCUAAAAAUAUUAGAAAAUGUGUUGAUUCGUGCAGUAAGUUACAAUGUGGACCAAAUUCUCUUUGUAUUGGUGCUAAUCAUCAGGCUCACUGUAUUUGUGCAGAAGGCUAUGUAGGACGACCUACUGAUAUUAAAACAGGAUGCCAUUUAAAACAAAUGGAACCAAAUGAAGCAGAAUGCACAAUAAAUAGCGAUUGUGCUGAAUCAUUGGUUUGUGUACCCGUAGAUGGAUCAAUAAAUAGAUGUUUGGAUUUAUGUUCGACAAUUGCUUGCAGUGCCAAUGAGUUAUGUCAAGUGGUAGAUAAUAGUGCACGUUGCGAGUGCAAAGAUGGAUUUAUAUGGAAUCCUAUUAGUUCGAAUUGUGAACAACCCUCUACACCGAACUGUGAAAUGGAUAAGGAUUGUGAAGACAGUAAAUCAUGUCAAAAAGACGUACUAGGCGUAAACAAAUGUAAAGACAAUUGCUUGCAAUUCACAUGCCCACAAAAUUCAAAAUGUAUAUCAAGAAGUCAUAAAAGUCAAUGUGAAUGUUUACCUGGAUUUAUAGGAAAUCCAAACGACCGUGAUGGUUGUAUACCCCUAAAUAAGAAUGAAUGUAUAGACGACGCGCAAUGUAGAGAAAGUGAAAUAUGUAAAACCGUCGGCAACAUAAACAAAUGCAUACCGGCAUGCCAUCAGUUGACUUGUGGUCCAAAUGCUGUAUGUGUCACAAACAAUCAUGUUGCUAAAUGUCAAUGUCCAUAUGGCCCUUUCACUGGAAAUCCUAAUGAUCUUGAGAAAGGAUGUCAAUCAGUGCCUUGUAUUUAUAACACAGAUUGUUUAUCACACGAAUUAUGUAACCGUAUGACUCACACUUGUAUUAAUGCUUGUAAUGAAGAUUCGUGUGGCGACAAUGCUGUAUGUAUAGCAGAAAAUCAUAAAACUACCUGUCAAUGUCCGAGUGGAUUUAAAGCCGACCCAUUACCUGAAGUUAAUUGUAGAAAAAUGGAAGCUUGCAAUCCCAAUCCCUGUCAUUCCACAGCUAUUUGCGAGCCUCGGCUAUCGUCAUAUGUGUGUAAGUGUCCAACAGGCCUAAUUGGAGAUCCUAAUACUAAAGGCUGUCGAACGCAAGGUGAAUGCAAGAGCGAUCAAGAUUGCCCAGCUCAGGCAGCUUGUGCUAAUCACCAUUGUGUGAAUCCAUGUGACGGAGCUUGUGGUAUUAACUCAUUAUGUAAAAUCGUUGAUAGAAAACCAAUUUGCUUAUGCCCAGAUGGUUAUGAGAAUAUAAAAGGUGGGAAUGCUUGUAAAAAGAAAUUAUUAGAAUGUAAUAAUGAGUUUGACUGUGAUGGAGAUAUUUGCUCAAAUGGGCAGUGUUUUACAGCUUGUAGAAAUUCAAGCCAGUGUGAUCCUGGUGAAACUUGUCUAAAAAAUUUGUGUAUUACACAAUGCAGUAAACAUAUUCAAUGCGGUAUUGGACAAGCCUGUGUAGUAGGCCAGUGCUUAAUUGGUUGUAGAAGUAACGAUGAUUGCUCUAGUGAUGAAGCAUGUGUUAACAAUAAAUGUGUAAAUCCAUGCCUUGCAACUAGAGUUUGUGGACCUAAUGCCAUUUGCUCUAGGAUUAAUCACAAUACUAUUUGUGAAUGUCCUGAAGGCUUCGAUGGAACUCCUUCGCCACAACAAGGGUGCGUUCGAAAACCGAGUUCAUGUGUCAGGUCAUCAGAUUGUCCACCAGAUCAUAUGUGUAUAGGAUUAUUAUGUCAAGUACCGUGUCGAGAUAAUUCAGGCUGUGCUAUUGGAGAGAAAUGUAGUGACAACAAAUGCCAUAAAAUAUGUCAUUCAAGUAGUAACUGUUUGCAUGGAGAACAUUGUAGUUCUGGAAUAUGUAUACCUGGUUGUAAAGCAGACUCUGACUGUUUAAACAACCAGGUGUGUAAAACAACAAAAUGCCAAUGUUUACCAGGAUUUGAAUUGGUGAAUGAUGAAUGUACUAAUAUCGAUGAAUGUAUAAAUACUCCAUGUCACCCCUCCUCUCAAUGUAUAGAUAUACCAGGGUCUUAUAAAUGCGUUUGUCCCACUGGAGCAGUAGGUGAUCCAUUUAAAACAGGCUGUUUAUUGCCAAAUCAGUGCAGACGUGAUAGUCAAUGUGAAAAUUCGUUGGCGUGUAUAAAAGGAAAAUGUAUUAAUCCUUGUCAAACUAAGACAUGUGGCUUAAAUGCUGCAUGCUCAGUUAAUAAACAUCAAAUUUCUUGUAAUUGUGAGAAGGGAUACUUGGGCAAUCCAUUCGACAAGAAUAUUGGUUGUUUUAAAGUAGAGUGUACAGAUAAUACUGACUGUUCUGAUGAUAAAUAUUGUAAUACACGAAGCAAUAAAUGUUCAGACAAAUGUGAAGAAUUGGCAUGUAACGGUGGCACUUGCACAAUAAUUAACCAUAGAGCUUCAUGUACAUGCCCGUCUGGAUAUGACCUAGUAAAGAAUAUGUGCGAAGAUAUUAAUGAAUGCUUAAAUAAUCCUUGCCCUCUGAAUUCAAAUUGUUUUAACACUGCUGGUUCCUAUUCAUGCACUUGUGUAAAUGGAACUGUAUUGGAUAUAAUUACUGGCAAUUGUAGAUUACCAGGAGAAUGCUUUUCUGAUAAUGACUGCUCGGACGACACAAAUUGCUUAAAUAAUUAUUGUGUUAAUCCAUGUGCAAAAUUGGAUUUAUGUGGUGAAAAUGCAAAUUGUAUUGUAACCAAACACAAAUCUUUUUGUGAAUGUCCUUCCGACAGUUAUGGAGAUCCACAUGUAAAAUGUAUUAAAUUUGAAUGUGUGAAAGACACUGACUGUUCUACUCAAGAAGCAUGUGUUAAUUAUAAAUGCAAAGAUUCGUGCAGUAUACCUCGUGCUUGUGGCAGAAAUGCUGGUUGCCUUUCAAGAAACCACAUUGGACAUUGUUCAUGUCUACCAGGAUAUACUGGUGAUCCAAUUCUCGGAUGUGUUCCGAUUCAAGAGUGCACGGACGACUCCAGAUGUCCAUCGGGAACUAAAUGCAUUGAUAAUUUAUGUACGGGAUUGUGUAAAAAUUCAAGAGAUUGCUUAAGCGAUCAAGUUUGCAUUCAAGAAACCUGUCGACUUACGUGUAAUACCAAUACAACAUGUCCUAACUUACAAUUCUGUUUAAAUAGAAUUUGUGUCAAAGAACUUCAAUGUAUGACUAACGAUGAUUGUGCUGAUAACGAACAGUGUUCCAUAGGUAGAAACAAUAUACCGCAGUGCAUAAAUGUUUGUCAAAAACAACCAUGUGGAAGGCAAGCAAUCUGUCUUGGUAAAACUCAUAAGCCUGUUUGUUCAUGUAAAGAAGGAUUCUUUGGCGACCCCUUACUAGGUUGUAAAAGAAAACAAUGUGACAUUGAUUCAGACUGUUCAGAUGACAAAUUAUGUGAUAACAACAUUUGUAAAAUUACUUGUCUAGUAGAUAAAACCUGCGGCGAUAAUUCUGUCUGUUCAUCAGAGAAACAUAAACAAAUGUGUUACUGUCAACCUGGAUAUACUGGUGAUCCAGCUAAAGGAUGUACAAAGAUAAACUGGUGUGAAUCUACGUCAUGUGGCAAUGGAGCUGAAUGUAAAAAUUCAAGAAAUGGUGCUCAAUGCAUAUGUCCUCCGGGGGCUAUAGGCGACCCUUAUAAAGAUGGAUGCCAUCAAGCACAGGAAUGUCGUUUCAAUAGGGAUUGCCCUAGCGUUGCUCGCUGCACAGUUAUCAACAGUAUACGAAAAUGUACAGACGUAUGCGAAAAUGUUAAAUGUGGAUUAAAUGCGGAAUGUAUCGCUUCACGGCACACCGGAGUGUGUAAAUGCAAGACUGGAUAUGUCGGAAAUGCUGACGUUGAAAAGGGUUGUAGACUUCGAGAAACGUCGUGUACAGAGAAAUCAGGCUGCCCUGACGAUCAUUAUUGUCACAAAGGUGUAUGCAAAAGUUUAUGUUUUGCAGACGAAGAGUGCAUUGCCACAGAAAAAUGUUUCAAUGGACAAUGUGUAGAUCCAUGUCAAGUAGAAAAAUCAUGUGGUUUGAAUGCUUUGUGUCGCUCUGAGCAACAUGUAAUUCAGUGUAGUUGUCCAUAUGGUUUUACUGGAAACCAGAACGUGGAAUGUGUAAGAAUGCCUAGAUUAUGUGGAUCAGCUGGUGAAUGUGAAAAUGGACAUAUGUGUCAAGAUUCUAUGUGCUUACCUCGAUGUAACUUAGAUGAAGAGUGUGCUCUAAAUGAAAAGUGCUCAAAGGGAGUUUGCUUAUUGACAUGCAGAGUGGAUAAUGACUGCUUCCUUGGACAUAUAUGCUUAGAGAAUGGUUGCCAAUAUGGAUGCAGACACGACGAAGAUUGCGGUCCCGAAGAAUCCUGUAGAAAUAAUUUUUGCCGAAAUCCCUGUGCUACUAAUAUAAAUCCAUGUGGACCUAAUGCUGCUUGUUCUGUGGUAGAACGAAAAGCUGUAUGUUCUUGCUUGGAAGAAUUAAUACCCAAUCCGACUCCUAAUAUUGGAUGCGUAAGAGCACCAUCUUCUACAUGUCAUAAACACACUGAUUGUACGAAUGGUUGGAGAUGUGAAGACGAUCGUUGUCGACCUGCGUGUACCCUCGACGGAUCAGAAUGCUUACAAGGUGAAAGAUGUCAUUAUGGAGUAUGCAGGUACGCUUGCACAUCUGAUGAUCAUUGUUCCGACAAUGAAGUGUGUGAUGGCAGAUUGUGUGUUACUGGAUGUAGAUCCAAUUCCCAUUGUCCGAAUAAUUUAGCCUGUGUAUCAGGCCAAUGUAUAGACCUUUGCACGGAACCUGCUACGUGCGGCGCAAAUGCACUAUGUACAACUAAGGAACACAAACCAGUGUGUAUUUGUCCACCGUCAUUAGUUGGGGAUCCAAAAUCUGUCUGUAGAAGAACUACAUUACCUUGUGACUCUAAGAAGAAUUGUCCCGAAGGAUUUAAUUGUUAUGGCGAUACAUGUCAUGCCUCUUGUAGAAGUGAUAAAGUUUGCUUAUCAAAUGAAAAAUGUAUACGAGGUAUCUGUAGAGUAGUGUGUAACAGCGAUGAUGCCUGUAAUGAAGGUCAUAUUUGUGAAAACCGUAUAUGCAAACAAGGUUGUCGAGACGACAAUGCAUGUAACGGUAACCAAGCUUGUCUAAAUGGUCAAUGUAAAGAUCCGUGCAAAGAACAAGCAAUUUGUGGUAUUUGCUCCGACUGUAAAGUACUGAAUCAUCGUGCUCAGUGCAGUUGUUCUAGUAAUUACACUGGUAAUCCAUUAGUAGAAUGCAAGAAAAAGAAACUGUUUUGUGAUGGAUUUUGUCCUUGCGACGAAAGCGGUUAUUGUAUAUCGCUUUGUGAAGAAAACUCAGAUUGUUCAUGCGGAGAGAACUGUUUCAAUGGAGGCUGUAGAGCACAGUGUUCGUCUAGAAAUAAAUGUCCUGAACGGCAAUUAUGCAUGAAGGGUAUGUGCAUUCCUGGUUGUAUUAGUGACAGAGAUUGUGGAGACGAUAUGUUAUGUUCUACAAAAUUAUGUGUCUCUGCUUGUCGUGAAAACUCGUGUGGUAAAAAUGCUUUAUGUUUAGCAACUCGACACAGAGCUGUAUGUAGUUGUCCUAGUGGAUUUUCAGGAGAUCCAAUAAAAGAAUGUAAAUUUUACGAAUGUCUACAAAAUGACGACUGUGGUGCCGAUGAAGAGUGCCAUGAGGAUGGUAAAUGCAAAAAUGUUUGUGCAAACUCAUGUGGAAUUAAUGCCAUUUGUCGUCCUGUAAAUAGAUCGCCGCAAUGUUCUUGUCCACCGAGUUAUUUAGGAAAUCCAAAAAUUGAGUGCUCUAAGCCACCUUCUGGAAGCUGUUUACGUAACCCUUGUGGAGUAAACUCUCGUUGUCGAGAUUUAGACGAUGGUAGUUAUGAGUGCACUUGUCCUUCGGGAUGUGCUGGUGAUCCUCAAAAACAGUGUUAUUGUGGAUCUAUGGAACCAUGCGCUUACAAAGCUUGCGGAAUCAACGCACAAUGUCGUAUAAAACAAAAUGGAGAGGCCCAAUGUUACUGUCCACGUCAUUAUCCUAACGGUGAUCCGAAUAUAGAAUGUGCUCAGGAGCGUAGUGUUGUAGAUUGUCGUACCACUGGUUGCGGAGUAAACGGUGAAUGUUUACGCGAGGGCGCUGAAUUUGUAUGUCGGUGUAUCCCAGGAACAGAAGGUCAGGCUGACAUCGAGUGCCACACCAGUAUCGAAUGCACCAGUGAUAAGGACUGUCCUGUAGACAAAGCGUGUUUAAGCUUACAUUGCGUGGACCCCUGUACGGUGCGCGGCGUAUGCGGUGAAGAUGCGCUGUGUGUACCUCUCAUGCACCGGGCGCAGUGUUCAUGUCCGCAGUGUUACGUGGGACAACCCCGACUUACGUGUCGCCUGGACCCGACCUGCAAGCCAAGUGCUGACUUCAAUACAACAUUUACUUGUUCGGAGAGUAAGCCUUGUCCAUCAAAAUUGGCUUGCGAUUAUAAUACUAAUCAAUGCCGUAAUCCUUGUUUGGGCUUUAAAAAUUGUCGAAGAAACCAGAAGUGCGAAGUACGGAAUCAUACACCUGUAUGUGUUUGUCGCAAUGGAUUCGCAUUGAAUGAGAAAGGAGAAUUAACAUGUGCACCAGAGCAAGCCGAAUGUACUAGAGAUGAACAAUGUCCCUCAAAUGCGGCUUGCCGCAAUUCCAUGUGUGUGAAUCCGUGUUUAGCGUCUAGAGAUUCUAUAUGUCCAAAAGGAAAACAAUGUGAAGUGUUGGAGCACCGGGCCAUUUGCGUAUGUGUUGAAGAUUGUCACCCGACAGUUUCGAUAUGCUUGACUGAUAACGGUUGCCCGCAUAACCUAGCCUGUAGAGAUUUUCAAUGCAAAGAUCCUUGUAAAGAUGCAUGUGGUGGUGCUCCCUGUUCCAUAGAAGAUCAUCAUCCAGUAUGCAAGUUCUGUCCUACUGGAUUUACACAUGACGAAAAACAUGGCUGUAUAAAAGCGUUACAAUGCAGUGCACAUGAGCAGUGUGCAGUUGAGCUGGCGUGUAUGAGCGGUCGCUGUGCAGACCCAUGCUCGGGGGGCGGUCCCUGUGCACCGUUACAGCAUUGUGCCGUCGUUGACCACCAGCCUGUUUGUUCCAAGGUGUGCCAAUGUCAAUCGUCAUCGGACUGCGCGAGAUACCCCAAUACAUAUUGUGAUGGCUGCGCAUGCAUUCAAGGAAAACAACCAACCACAAACUGUGCACACUGUCGACCUGGAGUACCUUGCGAUCCCUUUUCCGGUGCCUGCAUGGAAAAAUCACCUGGAACACUUAAGAAACCAGAACCCUGUCAGUCAGAUCGGGACUGUAUAGAAACUGAGGCUUGUUUCAUGGGAUUAUGUCAUAACCCCUGCGAAAUAGACAAUGUAUGUGGUGUUGGUGCCAAUUGCCAUCCAGUUAAACAAAGGCCAAUGUGUUCAUGUCCAGCGGGACAAGACGGAGACCCUGCUGUUAAAUGUUCGCCCAAAAUAUCUGGUUGUACUCGCAAUGAAGAUUGUGACUUAACUGAGGCUUGUAUAAAUAAUGCAUGCCAACACCCAUGUGCCAUACACAAUCCAUGUGCACCCAAUGCCGUCUGUAUAAAUACAAAGCAUGGUUCAGAUUGUAGCUGCGCCGAAGGAUUCAAUGGAAAUGGAUAUGUGGGCUGUGUACCAGUAGCCAAUUCAGGAUCAGUAUGUCAAUAUAAUGAAGAUUGUCCACCUAAUUUACUUUGUGAUAGACUCAAUAGAGUAUGCAUAAAUCCGUGCGCAGUAGAUAGUUGUGGAGACAAUGCUGAGUGUAUAACUGUAAACCACGAAAUUCAAUGUAAAUGUUAUGCCGGCUUUACUGGAAAUGCAUAUUUAGAAUGUUUCCAAGUGCAAGGAUGCCGAUCCGACAAUGAAUGUGCUAAUUCCGAGGCAUGUAUGAAUGGAAAAUGUGGCUCUCCGUGUCGAUGUGGUGUUAACGCAGUUUGUGAUGUCCUGAAUCAUCGCGCUUCAUGCAAGUGUCUUCCCGGAUACAGCGGUAAUCCAACACUUGGUUGCGAGCCCCCUAUAAAUCCAUGCUCUCCAAAUCCAUGUGGAAAUAAUGCGUUAUGUGAAAGCGAUAAUGGUAGUCCAAUUUGUUAUUGUCCAAAAGGAUUAACCGGCAACCCAUUCAAAAAUUGUAUUCCGGAAGGUAACGAGUGUGAACCGAAUCCAUGUGGACCUAAUUCGGGAUGUCGUUUAAUAGAAAAUAAACCUGCCUGUUUCUGUUUACCUAAUUAUGAAGGAAAUCCACCAAGGCAAUCUUGUAGAAUACCGAAUAAUCCCUGUAACCCAUCUCCAUGUGGGCCCAACACACAAUGUACAGUAUUAUCGAAUGGAUUUGCUAAAUGUACCUGCUUACCUGGUUAUAUUGAAAGUCCAAACACAAUUCGAGGUUGUGUGGAAGCACGUAAUCCUUGUGAACCCAAUACAUGUGGAGUUGGAGCUCGAUGCGAUCAAAAUAGAAUUCCAUCAUGUUAUUGUCCAGAAAAUACUAUAGGAAAUCCAUACAAAUCCUGUAUUACUCGACCUUAUUUACCACCGCAUGGUCUUUGUCAACCAGGACCUUGUGGAGCGAACUCAGAUUGUUAUGUCAGUAGUAACACGGAAAUGUGUUUCUGUAAAUAUGGUUUCACUGGAGAUCCUUAUACAGGAUGUCAACCUAGAAGAAGUCCUUGCACUCCAAAUCCGUGUGGGCCAUUAGCAACUUGCAAUACUAACUAUGAAGGCCAAGCAUUGUGUUCUUGCCCAGAAGGAAGUACUGGUGACCCUUAUGGUUUAGAAGGAUGUCAGUCUCGUGAAUGUGAAGUGGAUGAUGAAUGUGCAAUCAACAAAGCAUGUAUUGGAUAUUCUUGUCGCGAUCCUUGUCCAGGAGUCUGUGGAAUAAACGCUGUCUGUCAUGUGGAAACUCAUCGUCCAUUAUGUACCUGUGAACACGGAUUAAUAGGAAAUCCUCUUAUAUGUUGCUUACCACCAGAAGAUCAAAAAUCCUCAACUCCUUGCAGUAAAGCACAAUGUGGAGUUAAUGCAAUUUGUCAAGAUGUGGGAGAUAAAGCUUUGUGCUCUUGUCCUCCUGAGUUCUUUGGGAAUCCAACAAUUGAAUGCAAGCCAGAAUGUGUAAUGAAUUCCGAUUGUUUGUCAAAUGAAGCGUGUUUGAAUAGAAAAUGCGUAGAUCCAUGUGCUUUUGAUAAUGUCUGCGGUAUUAACGCUGUUUGUUUAUGCUCAGAUCAUACAGUUUCAUGUUUGUGCAAGGACGGAUAUAUAGGUGAUCCCUUAACACAAUGUAUAUAUCGACCUAUUCUGGUCACACCUGAUAAUACUACAGUUCAACCUUGUUUACCAAAUCCAUGUGACCCUGAUGCUCCGUGUGAUACUUAUGGAAAUCAAUUCGCCAUAUGCGAUGUUUGUGCUGAACCAAAUGAUGCAAAUAAUCCUGCAUGUAGAGCAGAAUGUAUGUUGAAUUCUGAUUGUCCUUUCGACAAAGCUUGUCUUAGAAACAAAUGUAUAAAUCCUUGUCCAGGAUCUUGUGGUAUAAACGCUGAAUGUACAGUAUAUCAUCACGAUCCAAUAUGUCGAUGUAUACAUAAUUUUGAUGGAAAUCCAUACGAACAUUGCAAACCAACUAUAAAACCUGUAACAAGUAAAUCAUGUGAUAACGUUCAAUGUGGAGACAAUGCAAUAUGUCAGGAUUUAAAUGGAGCUCUUACAUGUCAAUGUCUAUCCAAUUUCUAUGGAAAUCCAUAUUUAUCCUGUCGACCAGAGUGCGUCAUAAAUAGCGAUUGCGAGUCUAGUUUGGCAUGUUUAAAUAACAAAUGUGAAAAUCCGUGCCAAGAUAAUUGUGGUGUCGGAGCUAUAUGUAAAACAGUGAACCAUCAUGCUAUAUGUUAUUGUGAACAAAGUUAUACGGGAGAUCCAUAUAUAAGAUGUCAACCAAUACCUACAUUGCCAUCAGUUUUAACCACAUGCGAUCCAUCACCUUGUGGGCCAUAUAGCCGAUGUAUUAUAUCACCAACAGGAUUUGCAGUAUGUUCGUGUUUACCGGGUCACAGAGGUGUAGCACCAAUGUGUCAGCCAGAAUGUGUUAGCAAUUCAGAUUGCCAGCAAUUCGAAACAUGUAUAAACCAACGUUGUUCAGACCCUUGUCAAGGCAGCUGCGGAGUUAAUGCUGAUUGUUUCGUUUUAAAUCAUAAUCCCAUUUGCAGCUGUGGGAAAGAUAAAACAGGUGACCCUUUUACAGUGUGUACCAAUGUUGUCGAAACACCUGUUGCAAAAAAUCCUUGUGUUCCUUCUCCAUGUGGUCCUAAUUCUGUAUGCGAGAUAAAGCUUGAUCAUCCUGUAUGUUCUUGCCAACCCAAUUAUUCUGGUACGCCUCCAUAUUGUAGACCAGAAUGUGUUAUAAGUCAAGAGUGCCCUUCAAAUCAGGCUUGCAUUAAUGAAAAGUGUGUAGACCCCUGUUUAGGAGCAUGCGGAAAUAAUGCCAAAUGUAAUGUUGUAAAUCACACACCUUUGUGUAGUUGUUUGGAAGGCUACAGAGGAGACGCUUUUAUUGGGUGUGUUGUAAUAUCUAAAAAUGAGUCGUUAACUCCAUGCAAUCCAUCUCCUUGUGGCGAGAACACAAUGUGUACUAUAAUAGAAAAUAUAGCUCGUUGCACAUGUAUUCCUCCCAAUAUUGGAAAUCCCUAUGCUGGUGGGUGUAGACCAGAAUGCACCUUGAAUUCAGAUUGUUCAAAUCAUCUUGCCUGUUUAUCGAAUUACUGCCGAAAUCCAUGCAAUGACUUAUGUGGUGUUAACGCAGAAUGUACCGUGACGAAUCACAUUCCCAUAUGUACUUGUUUUAAAGGACAUGAAGGAGAUCCAUUUUCUUCGUGUCGUCCAAAAUCUAAACCAGCUACACCAUAUGAUCCAUGUACACCAUCACCUUGUGGACCAAAUAGCGAAUGUCACGUUGUAAAUGAACGAGCUGCUUGUUCAUGUAAAGCAAACUAUCUUGGAGCACCUCCUGCUUGUCGCCCGGAGUGUGCUGUCAGCUCAGAUUGUCCACCCAAUAAAGCAUGUAUACAGCUUAAAUGCAAGGAUCCCUGCCUUAAUGUCUGCGGUCUUGAUGCACGAUGUCAUGUAGUUGGACAUAAUCCAAUUUGUACUUGCCCUGAAAAUUUCCCUGAUGGGGAUCCAUUUAUCAAAUGCUAUAGAAAGAAGGUCAUGCAGCCACCACCGGAUCCAUGUCUGCCUUCACCUUGUGGACCUCAUUCAAUCUGUCGUAAUGAAGGCAACCGCGCAGUAUGCGCCUGUGACCCUGGUACAUUGGGUGCACCACCUGCCUGUCGCCCACAAUGUGUUAUCAACCAAGACUGCCCACUUGCACUUGCUUGUCUGGCUGGAACUUGCGUCAAUCCAUGUGUAGGCUCCUGUGGUUUCAAUGCACGUUGUAUCGUACAGAACCAUCGACCUAUAUGCUCCUGCGAUGAAGGUUAUUCCGGAGACCCCUUUGCUGGUUGUAAUCCCAUUGAAGCACCAAAAGAUGUACCUCUACAUUAUCCUUGUAAUCCAUCGCCAUGCGGGCCUAAUGCAAUUUGUCGGGAAAGAAACGGUGCUGGGUCAUGUACUUGCGUAGACGAUUAUUAUGGCGAUCCAUAUGUAGGUUGUCAUCCAGAAUGCGUCAUGAAUACAGAUUGUUCUGUAGAUAGAUCCUGCUUCAAUAAUAAAUGUGUGGACCCUUGUUCUGGUACAUGUGGACAAAAUGCUGACUGUCGAGUUGUUAAUCAUGCUCCUUUAUGUUACUGCCUACCCGGAUAUACUGGAAAUCCUCUGCAUGCAUGCAAUCUUAUUACGAUUUCAUCAAUACCCGUGGACCCGUGUCAUCCUUCGCCUUGUGGACCAUACAGUAAAUGCCGUACUUUUAACGGUCACGCCGUUUGCACAUGCCUUGAUAUGUGUGUCGGUUCUCCACCUAAUUGCCGACCUGAGUGUAUUGUGAGCUCAGAUUGUCGACCUGAUAAAGCAUGCAUAAAUCAAAAAUGUCAGGAUCCUUGUCCUGGCAUGUGCGGCGUAAAUGCGCAAUGUCAAGUGGUAAAUCAUAAUCCUGUAUGUAGUUGUCAAAGAGGCUACACAGGCGAUCCUUUUAUUAGAUGUUUCUUUGAAGAACGGCCAGCUAUACCUAUAGAUAUUUGUAUUCCAAGUCCAUGUGGCCCACAUUCACAAUGUAAAGACGUUAAUGGAGUACCUGUUUGCUCCUGUUUAAAUGAGUAUGUAGGUCGUCCACCAAAUUGUAGACCAGAAUGCGUCAUAAAUGUCGAAUGUCCUGGUAAUCUUGCAUGCAUAUCGGAAAAGUGCAGCGAUCCAUGCCCUGGAUCUUGUGGUUUCCAUGCUAGUUGUAAUGUAGUCAAACAUAUACCUAUAUGUACAUGUGAUCAAGGCUAUACUGGGGAUCCAUUCUCAGGCUGUUCAUUAAUUCCACCCAUCGAAUUCCAGCAAGCUAAUCCAUGUACAUUAUCUCCUUGUGGAGCAAAUGCAAUAUGUAAAGAGAGAAAUGGUGCUGGAUCUUGUUCAUGCGUUCCCGAAUAUUAUGGUGAUCCAUAUGUUGAAUGUAGACCUGAAUGCGUUUUGAAUACGGAUUGUCCAAGAAAUAAAGCAUGCACUAAUAAUAAAUGCAAAGACCCGUGUCCUGGAGUUUGCGGUAUGAAUGCUGAAUGUCGCGUAAACAAUCAUGCUCCAUCUUGUGCCUGCCUACCAGGUUAUGAAGGAAAUCCGUUUACAUCUUGUUACUUAAGCACGAUUGAAAAGCCUACCGAUCCAUGUUUACCAACACCAUGUGGCCCAUAUAGUUUAUGUCGCAAUAGCAAUGGACAUGCCAUAUGCUCAUGUCAAGAGCAAUAUUUCGGAUCUCCUCCUUUCUGUCGUCCGGAAUGUAUGGUUAGCAGCGAUUGUAUGCCAAACAAAGCCUGCUUAAAUCAAAAAUGUGUCGAUCCAUGUAUUGGAGCAUGUGGAAGUAAUGCUAUCUGUAUGGUAGUAAACCAUAAUGCACUAUGCAGUUGUCCUCAAAACCAUAUUGGUGAUCCGUUUACAAAUUGCGUAUAUGAGGAACGACACCAACCAAAACCAUCGGGAAAUCCUUGUAUUCCUUCACCUUGUGGACCAAAUUCUCAAUGUCGUAUUAUAGGAGAAACUCCAGCAUGUUCUUGCCAACCAGGUUAUGUAGGUCGUGCUCCUAAUUGUCGACCUGAAUGUAUAUAUGAUGAGGAAUGUCCCAGUAAUCUUGCUUGUAUUCGUGAAGCAUGUUCUAAUCCUUGUGAGGGUUCAUGUGGAUCUAACGCAGAAUGUAUCGUUAUAAACCAUAAACCAGUAUGUCAUUGUCGCGAUAGUUAUUCAGGUGACCCAUUUAGUGGUUGUACUUUUAUUGUCACGGUACCAAUUGAAGACGAAACAAAUCCAUGUAACCCAUCACCAUGCGGUCCAAAUGCUAUAUGCACAGAAAGAAAUAAUGCAGGGGCAUGUACAUGUGAAACAGGAUAUUUUGGAGAUCCAUAUCUUGGUUGUAGACCCGAAUGUGUUACAAAUAAUGAUUGUCCAUUAGAUAAAGCUUGUUCAAAUAACAAGUGUAUAGAACCAUGCCAAGGAGCAUGUGGAAUUAAUGCGCAGUGUACUGUAGCACAUCAUAAUCCAGUUUGUUUAUGUAUUGAUGGAUAUGAAGGAAAUCCUGUAGUAUCAUGUUACCCACAAAGAACACCGCCUACAGCGGAAGUAAAUCCAUGCAUUCCAACACCAUGUGGACCAUAUAGUACAUGCAAAAUCGUAGAUGGACAUGGAGUUUGUUCUUGCCAAGAGGGAUAUGUUAGCGCACCCCCGACUUGUCGCCCUGAAUGUGUUAUUAGUACAGAUUGUCCUCAACAUCAGGCUUGUAUUAAACAAAAAUGUAGAGAUCCAUGCCCAGGAACAUGUGGCAUUAAUGCUCGAUGCCAGACUGUAAACCAUAAUCCAAUUUGUACUUGCAAACCAGGAUUUACAGGAGAUCCAUUUAUUACAUGCCAGUUAGAGCCAAAACCUAUCUUUAUGGGGCCUAAAGGAAAUCCAUGUGUACCUUCACCAUGUGGUCCAAAUUCACAGUGUAAAGUUAUCGGAGAAGCGCCUGCAUGCUCAUGCUUACCGAGUUACAUUGGUGUUGCACCAAAUUGUAGGCCUGAAUGUUCAAUAAAUGCGGAGUGUCCUGGUAAUCUUGCAUGUCAAAAUGAAAAAUGUGUAGACCCAUGUCCUGGUUCUUGUGGUUUAAAUGCGGAAUGUUCUGUAGCAAAUCAUGUAGCAUUAUGUAAUUGCAUAUCAGGGUAUACAGGUGAUCCGUUCAGUGGAUGUUCGCCGAUUGAGAGUAAAUCGGAACCACCUCCAAAUCCAUGCAACCCGUCACCGUGUGGUGCAAAUGCAAUAUGCAAAGAAAGAAAUAGUGUGGGAUCUUGCUCUUGUUUGCCAGAAUAUUUUGGGGACCCAUAUACAGGCUGUCGUCCAGAGUGUGUGUCUAAUUCUGAUUGUGAUCGUAAUAAAGCCUGUUCAAACAAUAAAUGUAAAGAUCCCUGUCCAGGAACAUGUGGUAUUAAUGCUGAGUGUAGAACAGUGAAUCAUUCACCAACAUGCACAUGCUUAUCUGGAUAUACUGGUAAUCCCAUAAUCAAAUGUGAAAUAGGAACUCCUGAUAGGUCAGAGCCUUCACAAGAUCCAUGCAAGCCUUCACCAUGUGGACCUAAUAGUCUUUGUCGAGUAAUAAAUGGACACAGUGUCUGUACUUGUGAAAGUGGUUACAUCGGAACACCGCCAUCCUGUCGUCCUGAAUGUAUCGUUAGUUCCGAAUGUCCACAAGAUAAAGCUUGUGUUAAUAAGAAAUGUACAGACCCUUGUCCUAACACAUGUGGACUUAACGCACGAUGUCAAGUCAUCACUCAUAACCCCAUAUGCAGCUGCUCACCAGGAUUUACAGGAGAUCCAUUUACUAGAUGCAAUCCUGAGGAAAAACGAGAUAUAAAUGAAAACCCUUGUGUACCUUCACCAUGUGGACCGAACUCUGAAUGUCGUGUAAUUGGAGAUCAAGCUGCUUGUUCCUGUUUAGAAAAUUACAUCGGAAGAGUGCCGAAUUGUAGACCAGAAUGCACAAUAGACGCGGAAUGUCCCAGUAAUACAGCUUGCAUAAAUGAACGUUGUAAAGAUCCAUGUCAAGGUAUAUGUGGAUCAAAUGCUCUUUGCUUAACAGUAAAUCACAACCCGAUAUGCAGUUGUCAACAAGGUUUUACAGGAGAUGCUAACAAUAACUGUAAUCCGAUUCUCAUACCUCCCACGGAAAUGUCUAUUACGAGUCCAUGUUCUCCUUCACCGUGCGGAUUAAAUGCAGAAUGCCGUGAACGUAAUGGGGCAGGAGCGUGUCUAUGUUUUGAUGGUUAUUAUGGUGAUCCUUACAGUACUCAAGGAUGCCGUAGAGAAUGUGAAAUCAAUGACGACUGCGCACCAAACUUAGCAUGUACAAGAUAUAAGUGCAUUGAUCCAUGUCACAAUAUAUGUGGCCAAUUUGCCCAAUGCUCUGUGGAUAACCAUGUACCUAUAUGUUCUUGUCCUAGAGGUUUUACAGGAGACCCCUUCUUUGAAUGUAAAGAAAUUGUAGUACCACCUACUCCAGCUCAAAAUCCAUGUGAACCAACGCCUUGUGGGCCAAAUAGUCAAUGUAGACAGGUGAAUAUGCAAGCAGUAUGUUCUUGCCUACCAAACUACAUUGGUUCACCACCUUCAUGCAGACCCCAAUGUGUUGUGAACAGUGAAUGUGAUACUUCUAAAGCGUGUAUUAAUCAAAAAUGUGAUGAUCCUUGUCCUAACACGUGUGGAUUGAGAGCUCAUUGCUUAGUGAAGAAUCAUAAUCCUAUAUGUACAUGUCCCGCUGGUAUGACCGGCGAUCCGUUUACUCAAUGUUAUCACCACACGCCACAAACAACUGAGCGACCACCUUCUUGUACGCCGUCGCCGUGCGGACCUCAUUCUCGAUGUCAAUUGCUAGACAGUGGACCAGCAUGUUCUUGUUUAGCUGGUUAUGUAGGAUCUCCACCAUCUUGUCGUCCUGAGUGUACUAUUAAUUCCGAAUGCCCAGCUUCAUUGGCGUGCGUAAGGCAAAAAUGCGAGGACCCGUGCCCUGGAUCUUGUGGCGUUGAUGCUAAUUGCCAUGUUCUAAAUCAUGUUGCAGUUUGCGUAUGCAAUGAAGGUUUCACGGGUGACCCAUUCUCAAGAUGCCAGCCAAUAUUAAAUGUACCUACAUCCCCAUCAUCUGUUGAUCCGUGUAAUCCAUCUCCUUGCGGACCAAAUGCUCAAUGCGAUAAUGGAUUUUGCACAUGCCUGUCAGAUUAUACUGGAAAUCCUUAUGAAUCAUGUAGACCAGAAUGUACAGGAAGUCAGGAAUGCCCCAGAGAUAAGGCCUGUUUCAGAAAUAAAUGUCGUGAUCCAUGUCCAGGGGUGUGUGGCCUUAAUACAAAAUGCGAUGUAAUUAAUCAUAUUCCAACAUGUUCUUGUACAGCUGGUUAUACUGGUAAUCCAUUUACAAACUGCUAUCCUGUGGAAAAUGACAAAAAAAUAUCAAAGGACCCGUGUCAUCCAUCUCCUUGUGGUCCCAAUAGUGUAUGCAGGACAACAGAUAACACAGCUGUGUGUGCUUGUAUUGAAGGUUUUCAAGGAGCACCACCAUUAUGCAAGCCAGAAUGUGUUGUUAGCUCUGAAUGUUCGUCUACAAAAGCUUGCGUAAAUCAGAAAUGUAUCAAUCCAUGUAUUAAUGCAUGUGGCGUAUCUGCUCGCUGUGAAGUAAUCAAUCAUAGUCCAAUCUGUAGUUGCAAUCCAGGACAAACAGGAGAUCCAUUCAAGAGUUGCUAUUUAAUGGAUAUUCCGCCAGAACCAGUAGAUGCAUGCAAUCCUUCUCCGUGCGGACCAAAUGCAAUAUGUUUAGAUCGCAAUGACAAAGCAAAAUGCAGAUGUAUUGAGAAUUAUAUAGGACAGCCACCUAAUUGCAGACCAGAGUGCAUAAUUAAUCCUGACUGCCCAUCUAAUCAAGCAUGUAUUAGAAAUAAAUGUAUAGAUCCAUGCCCAGGAUCUUGUGGUAUUAAUGCAGACUGUAUUGUCGUGAGUCAUACUGUUUCGUGCAGUUGUAAAGAAAAAUAUACAGGAAACCCAUUUUUGCAAUGCAUACCAAUACAUGAAAACGUCGCACAGCCAUGUGAUCCAUCGCCAUGUGGUGCAAAUGCUAUUUGUAACCAACGAGAUGGUGCAGGUUCUUGCUCCUGCUUAGAAGGAUACCAAGGAAAUCCCUAUGAGGGUUGUCGACCUGAAUGUGUUCUUAGUUCCGACUGUUCUGCUGAUAAAUCUUGUAUUCGAAACAAGUGCGCAGAUCCAUGUCCAGGAAUCUGUGGCUCUAAUGCUGAAUGUAUUGUAAUUAAUCAUGUUCCUACAUGUUCAUGCGUAAGGGGUCAUUCCGGAAAUCCAUUUGUACAAUGUGCUAAAGAUACGCCAAUAAUAGAAAUAAAGCCUUGUCAACCAUCUCCUUGUGGUCCAAAUAGUGUUUGCAGAGAAAAUGGAGGAUUGGCAUCGUGUGAAUGUUUGCCAGAUUAUAUAGGCGCUCCACCGGACUGUCGACCUGAAUGUACAGUAAGCACUGAGUGUCCAUCAGAUAGAGCUUGCCAUCGAUUAAGAUGUGCUGAUCCUUGUCGUGGCACGUGUGGAAUUGGAGCGCACUGUCAAGUUGUUAAUCAUAGUCCUUUAUGCAGCUGUCCUGCCGGUACUAGUGGCGAUCCGUUUAUAAGUUGUCCUAAAAAGGUAGAGAACACAGUGUUUGAUAAACCAAAACCAUGUCAAGGGAAUCCAUGUGGUCCUUACAGUGAAUGCCGACCAGUUGGCGAUAGUCCGUCAUGUUCUUGCAUAGAUGGUUAUAUAGGUAGUCCACCAAAUUGCCAUCCAGAAUGUCUUGUAAAUACUGACUGUCCAUCACAUCAAGCAUGCAUUGCCGAAAAAUGUACAAAUCCUUGUGAAGGUUCGUGCGGUUUCAGAGCAGAAUGUAGAGUACAUGACCACAUACCAAUAUGCAGUUGUCCAAUAAAUUACUCUGGUGAUCCAUUUAUUCAAUGCACAGAAGUAAUAGUUUUACCAACACCUUCAGCUGAUCCAUGUAACCCGUCUCCAUGUGGAAGUAAUACUUUGUGUGAAUCUGGAGUUUGCCUGUGUGCAGCUGGGUAUUUUGGCGAUCCUUACAUAGGUUGUCGUUUGGAAUGCUCUACUAAUGGAGAAUGUUCACCGACUCGUGCCUGUCAGGGAGGAAAAUGUAUUGAUCCAUGUCCCGGUGCCUGUGGUACUAAUGCCUUGUGUUCAGUAAAUAACCAUAUUCCAUCAUGUACUUGUCCGUCUGGUACAUCUGGUGAUCCAUUUUCAUUAUGCACAGAAGUAAGACAGAUAGUUACGCAAUCAGCAUGUUCACCGUCACCAUGUGGUCCUUAUAGUGAAUGUACAGUGAGUACUAAUGGAGCUGCAGCAUGUUCAUGUAAAGCAGGUCAUAUCGGUUCUCCUCCAUCUUGCCGGCCAGAAUGCCUAGUCAGUUCUGAAUGUAAACUACAAUUAGCUUGCAUUGACCGGCGUUGUCGUGAUCCCUGCGAAGGUGCUUGCGGCCGUGGAGCACGUUGUCAAGUUAUCGCACAUUCACCUAUUUGCACGUGUAAUGAUGGAUACACGGGUGAUCCAUUCACAUACUGUUAUCCUACUCCAGAGCCUCCAUCUAUACCUGUUGAUUCUUGUCAACCAUCACCAUGCGGACCCAAUUCAAUAUGCGUAAAUUCAGGAGAAACACCCGCGUGUAGUUGUCAACCUACUUUUAUUGGCGCUCCUCCAAAUUGCCGACCUGAAUGUACAAUUAGUGCUGAGUGUGCUGCCACCCUUGCCUGCGUGAAUCAACGAUGUAAAGACCCAUGUGAACAAGCCUGUGGACAACGAGCUAUAUGCUCGGUGGUUGACCAUCGUGCAUCUUGCACCUGUGAACCUGGUUUAGAAGGCGAUCCAUUCCAGGGUUGUUCACCCUCUAGAGCUCCGCCACAGAUUGAAUACUUAAAUCCAUGUGAACCUUCUCCUUGUGGCAUAAACACUGAAUGCAAAGUUCAAGGAAACGUCGGAUCGUGUACGUGUUUACCUAAUUACUUCGGUGACCCAUAUCAAGGUUGUAGACCAGAAUGUUUAGCGGAUUCAGAUUGCCCUUUGACCUCAGCUUGUAACCGAAAUAAAUGUGUUGAUCCAUGUCCCGGUGUGUGUGGACACAACGCGGAUUGUUACACAACAAAUCAUAAACCAUCAUGUACUUGUAAAUUGGGACAUACUGGCAAUCCACUAUCUAUGUGUUUUGUUAUUUCUGAGCAUGAUGCGUCUGUAAUUAACGUCUGUAGUCCAUCGCCAUGUGGUACUAAUGCCAAUUGUAAAGAAGUAAAUGGUCAGCCUGUUUGUUCAUGUAUAUCAAAUUAUAUAGGAUCUCCACCAAAUUGCAGGCCUGAAUGUAUUGUGAAUUCAGAAUGUAAAACUAACAGGGCUUGCAUUAAUCAGAGAUGUAUAAAUCCAUGUCCAAAACCAUGUGGACGGAAUACUGAAUGUAAAGUAAUAAAUCAUAGCCCCGUGUGCUCUUGUCUACGUGGAUUUUCAGGAGAUCCGUUUAUAACAUGUACUCCUGAAUUAUAUGUAUCUCCAGUCGUAGCGAAACCAUUACAUCCUUGUAUGCCAUCGCCAUGUGGUCUGUAUUCAGAAUGUCAUGAUAAUAAUGGAUUGGCAUCGUGUACGUGUUUGGCCUCUUAUGUUGGUUCACCACCAUUCUGUAAACCUGAAUGUGUCGUACAUUCUGACUGCCCAAGCAACCAAGCAUGUGUGUCGGAAAAGUGCAGAAAUCCAUGCGAUGGAUCGUGUGGCCUCUAUGCUACAUGUUUCGUGAACAAUCACAUCCCAGUCUGUAUAUGUCCUGAUGGAUUUACUGGCGAUCCUUUUAGAGAAUGUGUUACCAAACCAAUAGAAGACAUACCUAGCCCUCUCGAUCCAUGUAAUCCCAAUCCUUGUGGAUCUAAUUCCAAUUGCAACAACGGUAUCUGUUCAUGCAUAGAAGGGUAUCACGGUGAUCCUAAUAUGGGCUGUCGACCAGAAUGCAUAUACAAUACUGAUUGUGCAUCUGAUAAAGGUUGUCAAAGAAAUAAAUGCAUAAAUCCCUGCAUCGGAACAUGUGGUAGAAAUGCAGUCUGUGAUGUAGUUAAUCACAUACCAAUGUGUACUUGUCCGAAGGGCAUGAGUGGAAAUGCUUUCGUAGAAUGUCGUUACUCCAUGGUUGUAUCGAUAAAUCCAUGUAAUCCUACACCAUGUGGACCUAACAGUCAAUGCCGUCAAUCAAAUGGUCAAGCAGUUUGCUCAUGCGUACCAGGAUAUCGAGGUAGCCCACCAAAUUGUCGCCCCGAAUGUGUCGUCAGUUUGGAAUGUUCAUUAAAGGAAGCUUGCAAUAAUCAGAAAUGUGUAAAUCCAUGUAUUGGUGCUUGUGGUUCAGGAGCUGUAUGUGAUGUAAUAAAUCAUAAUCCAAUAUGUACAUGUCCACCAUCAUUCACAGGAGAUCCUUUCAUAAAAUGUACAAUUAAAGUUCAAGAAAAUAUUCAAGUAGAUCCAUGCGAGCCAUCUCCAUGUGGCCCACAUUCGAUUUGCAAAAUAAGUGGAGAAAAUCCGAUUUGCGCAUGCUUGGCAACCUUUAAAGGAUCACCUCCAAAUUGUCGACCGGAAUGUAUUAGCAAUAGUGAAUGUGAUUAUAAUCUAGCAUGUUUGAAUAACAAAUGCUCAGAUCCAUGUAUCGGAACAUGUGGUUCUAACGCGGAAUGUAGAGUAGUAAGUCAUGCACCAAUGUGCAUGUGUCAAGAAGGAUACAUCGGAGAUCCAUUUUCUUAUUGUAGUCCACAGACAAUAAUGGAUUCGCCUGAAAUUUUAACUCCUUGUAGUCCAAGUCCAUGUGGAUCGAAUGCUAUAUGCAGAGAACAGAAUAGAGUUGGUUCGUGUCAGUGCUUAGACGGAUAUUCUGGCAAUCCUUAUGAAGGUUGUCGACCAGAGUGUGUCGUGAAUUCUGAUUGCCCUCUUAAUAAAGCGUGUAAUAGACUAAGGUGUAUUGAUCCUUGCCCUGGUACGUGUGGCUCAAAUGCAUUAUGUCAAGUUAAUAACCACAUGCCUACAUGUAUAUGUCAAACAGGAUAUACUGGUAAUCCAUUCAGUGCUUGUACAAUUCUUAUUGAACCACAAGUGGUAGAAAAAAAUCCAUGCAGUCCUUCGCCAUGUGGAGCUAAUAGCCAAUGCAAAGAAGUCAAUAGACAGGCAGCGUGUUCUUGCCUAACAAAUUUUAUUGGUACCCCUCCAAAUUGCCGCCCAGAAUGUGUUGUUAGCUCGGAGUGUCCAUCACAGUUAGCCUGUAACAAUCAAAAAUGUACAAAUCCAUGCAUUGGUACAUGUGGAGAAAAUGCAAAUUGCAAUGUAAUAAAUCACAGUCCAAUUUGUGUCUGCAAAUCGGGACUGACAGGAAAUCCAUUUACUAGAUGCUAUCCUAUGAAAACUCUGAAGCCACCUGAACACUCACUACAGCCCGAUCCAUGUACCCCAUCUCCUUGUGGCUUAUAUGCAGAAUGCAGAAAUGUUAAUGAUGCUCCGUCGUGUGCUUGUUUGUCUAAUUACCUUGGAAAUCCACCUAAUUGUAGACCUGAAUGCACCAUCAACUCUGAAUGCCCAAGCAAUCAGGCGUGUAUGAAUGAAAAAUGUCGAGAUCCCUGCCCUGGAGCUUGUGGUCUUAAUGCUCUAUGUACUGUAUUUAAUCAUAUCGCUCAAUGUGGUUGUAUUGAAGAUUAUACGGGUGAUCCAUUUACAAGAUGCCUUUCCAUACCGGACGAAGAUGAAGUACCAGAAGUGGAUUCGUGUAAUCCAUCACCUUGUGGAGCAAACGCAGAGUGUAAUAAUGGAAUAUGCAAAUGCUUGCUGGAUUAUCAAGGUGAUCCUUACGUUGGAUGUAGGCCUGAUUGUUUGACUAGUACUGAUUGUUCACUUAAUAAAGCAUGCUUGAAAAAUAAAUGCAUUGAUCCAUGUGUAAAUACCUGUGGAAUAAAUGCAAUUUGCAGUGUUUACAACCAUAUUCCAUUAUGUGCUUGUUCCGAGGGUUAUUCUGGAAAUGCCUUUUUGGAAUGUAGAAGAAAUAUUAUUGAAAUCUUAAACCCUUGUAAUCCAUCACCAUGUGGCCCCAACAGUCAGUGCCGAGAAAUAAAUGGCCAAGCUAUUUGCUCAUGUUUAACUGGAUACGUAAGUGCUCCGCCCACAUGUCGACCUGAAUGUACUUCGAGUGCUGAAUGUGCUUUAAAUAUGGCUUGUUCAAAUCAGCGUUGCAUAAAUCCAUGUAAAGGCAACUGUGGUGCUGGUGCUGAAUGUCAAGUUAUAAAUCAUAAUCCAAUCUGUUCCUGUCCACGUGGAUAUAAUGGUGAUCCAUUUAAAGGUUGUGCUCUGGCAGAUAUCCAAGAGACACCAUAUGUAAAUCCAUGUUUGCCAUCUCCUUGCGGUCCAAAUUCAGAAUGCAAAGAAGUAGGAGGUUCACCAUCCUGUGCUUGUCUGGUUGAUUAUAUUGGCAGUCCUCCUAACUGUCGUCCUGAAUGCAUAGCAAAUUCAGAAUGUUCUAAUGAAUUGGCAUGUAUAAAUAACAAAUGCAAAGAUCCAUGCCCGGGAUCAUGUGGAAGUAGUGCUGAAUGUAGAGUUGUGAGUCAUGCUCCUCAAUGUUUGUGUCCACCGGGAUACAGCGGAGAUGCAUUUAUAGAAUGUAGAAUAUUAGACUACCCGCUGACACCUUGUUCACCGUCACCUUGUGGACCCAAUGCCAUUUGUAAAGAAUAUCAAUCUGCUGGAUCAUGUGUAUGUUUACCCGAAUAUAUUGGUAAUCCGUAUGAAGGCUGUCGACCAGAAUGUGUCGUAAAUUCAGAUUGUAGCAGCAAUUUAGCUUGUAUUCAAAAUAAGUGUAAAAAUCCAUGUAGCAACGUUUGUGGACGCAACGCUGUUUGUAGUAUCAUCAAUCAUAGUCCACAAUGUGAAUGCCUACCUGGACUGACGGGAGAUCCCUAUCAAAAUUGUUACGAAAAGAUUGCAGAUACUCCUGUGGUAUCUAGGGAUCCAUGUACACCAUCUCCAUGUGGACAUAAUAGUAUUUGUAAAGUAUCUAAUAACCAAGCUGUAUGUACAUGUCAGCCAGAUUUCCUAGGAUCACCACCAGCUUGUAAACCAGAAUGUAUUGUGAGCUCUGAAUGUAAUCAACAACAAGCUUGUAUACGUCGAAGGUGCAGGAACCCGUGUGAGGGAGUAUGUGGUCAAAAUGCCGAUUGUAAAGUGAUUAAUCAUAGCCCAAUUUGCUCGUGUCGGGUAAAGUACACUGGCGAUCCAUUUAAUAGGUGCUAUGAAUUACAAAGCACAGACGUCGAGUUCACUCCUGCAAAUCCUUGUCUACCAUCCCCAUGUGGGCCAUUUUCUCAAUGUCGUGACCUCCAUGGUAUGCCUUCUUGCUCUUGUUUACCGCAAUACACCGGUAGUCCACCGAACUGUCGCCCAGAAUGCACUAUAAAUACCGAUUGUGCUAGUGAUAAAGCCUGUAUAAAUGAGAAAUGUAUGGACCCAUGUCCAGGAACUUGUGGUUUAAAUGCAGAUUGCCGAGUUCAAAAUCAUGUAUCAAUUUGUACAUGUUUUAUCGGUUACACUGGAGAUCCAUUUAAUUUAUGUUCAGUGAUUGUAUUAACAGAACCAACAGUAGCAGAUCCAUGUAAUCCAUCGCCUUGUGGAUCAAACGCAGUUUGUAAUAAUGGUGUUUGUACAUGUUUACCUGAAUACAAUGGUGACCCGUACUUCGGAUGCAGACCAGAAUGUACUAUUAGUUCAGAUUGUCCGACAAUUAAAGCAUGCGCUAGGAAUCGUUGUGUCGAUCCAUGCAUUCAAACAUGUGGUACUAACGCUAUCUGUGAAGUUGUAAACCAUAUGGCUGUGUGUGUAUGUCCUCCAAGAACAACUGGAAAUGCAUUCAUACAGUGUGACCCUGUUAGAGAUAAUAUUCCAACAAAUCCGUGUCAACCAAGUCCUUGUGGACCCAACAGUCAAUGCAGAGAGAUCAAUCAACAAGCUGUGUGUUCUUGUCUCUCUGAAUAUCGCGGCACGCCACCUUCCUGCCGCCCAGAAUGUGUUUCUAGUUCUGACUGUCCACUUAAUAAAGCUUGUAGCAAUCAAAAAUGUAUCAAUCCCUGUCAAGGAACCUGUGGCGUAGGUGCUAAAUGUCAAGUUAUCAACCAUAAUCCUCUCUGUUCCUGUCCUACAGGAUUAACUGGUGAUCCAUUUACUAGAUGUUUAGAAAUGCCUAUUAUAAAUUCGCCGCCAGUAAAUCCGUGCCUUCCUUCGCCCUGUGGACCUAAUUCGAUUUGCCAGCCAAACCAUGGUGAAAUUCCAACAUGUCAAUGUUUAUCAGAAUAUAUCGGUGUACCCCCUAAUUGUCGUCCAGAAUGUAUUGCCAAUAGCGAUUGCGCACCUCAAAUGGCUUGUAUAAAUAGAAAAUGUCAAAAUCCUUGUACAAAAGCAUGUGGUACGAAUGCUGAAUGUCGGGUAGUAAGUCACACUCCAAUGUGUAUAUGCCCCACUGGUUUUACUGGUGACGCAUCGGUGCAAUGUACACAAAGUACAAUCAUGCAGAUGGAAUCUUUAUCUCCAUGUACACCAUCACCAUGUGGUGCAAAUGCAGAAUGUCGUGAACAAUUUGGAGCUGGUGCUUGCAUAUGUGUGAACGGUUACUUCGGUAACCCAUAUGAAGGAUGUCAUCCAGAGUGUUUAGUAAACUCAGAUUGUCUUAGUACUAAAGCAUGUAUCAGAAAUAAAUGUAUAGAUCCCUGUCCAGGAACUUGUGCAGCCUUUGCUGAUUGUGUCGUUGUUAAUCAUUCACCCUUAUGUACGUGUCAAAAUGGAUAUACUGGAGAUCCAUUCAGACAAUGUAAUAGAAAAUCGCAAGAAAUUGAGAAAGUAACUCCAUGUACACCUUCGCCGUGUGGUCCAAAUAGCCAAUGUCGUGUAUCAAAUGGGCAAAGUGUAUGUUCUUGUGCGCUUGAAUAUAAAGGUUCUCCUCCAAAUUGUAGACCUGAGUGUGUAGUAAGCUCUGAAUGUCCAACAGACAAAGCUUGCCAAAAUAAAAAAUGUGUAACUCCAUGUCCAGGACCAUGUGGCCUUUUUGCUGACUGUAGGGUUAUCAAUCACAGUCCAAUAUGCACAUGUCAAAAUAGAUAUACAGGAGAUCCAUUUUCAAGAUGCUAUGUUAUACAAUCAGCUCCAUUAAUUAACUUCUCCCCUGAAACUGACCCCUGCAUACCAUCGCCUUGUGGUCCAAAUUCGCAAUGUCAAAAUCUUCGGGGAAUUCCAUCAUGCUCAUGUCUUCCAACUUUUGAGGGUAGUCCUCCAAAUUGUAGGCCUGAAUGCUCCAUUAAUGAAGAUUGCGCUAGUAAUUUGGCCUGCAUUAAUCAAAAAUGCAGAGAUCCCUGCCCUGGUUCAUGUGGUGUUAACGCUAACUGCCAAGUCCUGAACCAUAUUUCAGUAUGUAUAUGCAUAGAAAGUUACACGGGCAAUGCAUUUACACAAUGUACUCCUAUUCCUCCAAUAGAACAUGAGGAUCCCUGUAAUCCGUCCCCUUGUGGUACAAACGCAGAAUGUUUUGAUGGAAAAUGUAACUGUAUUGCGGAAUUCCAAGGUGACCCGUAUGUUGGAUGUCGACCAGAGUGCGUACAGAGUUCUGAAUGCGACCGCACUAAAGCAUGUAUAAAGAAUAAAUGCAGAGAUCCUUGUCCCGGUACAUGUGCAUCUAGUGCAGUUUGUAAUGUGAUUAAUCACAUACCUAUGUGUAGUUGUCCUGAGCGAAUGACUGGCAAUGCUUUUAUAGACUGCAGACCAAUUAUAGAAUCAAUUUCGGUAAAUCCUUGUCAACCCUCACCGUGUGGUCCCAAUAGUCAGUGUCGAAAAGUAAACGGUCAAGCUGCAUGUUCAUGUGCUCCAAAUUACAUAGGGGCACCCCCUACUUGCCGUCCUGAAUGUACCAUAAGCUCUGAAUGCUCAUUAAACCACGCAUGCAGUAAUCAACAUUGUGUAGAUCCUUGUGUCGGUUCAUGCGGCGUAAAUUCAGAGUGUAAAGUAGUAAACCAUAAUCCCAUAUGUACUUGUCCAACAAUAUAUACAGGAGAUCCAUUUUCAAGAUGCUUCAAACUUCCGGAAAUAUUAUCAGAACCUGUGAAUCCAUGCACACCUUCUCCAUGUGGCCCUAAUUCGCUUUGUAGAGAAAUUAAUAAUGUACCCUCUUGUACAUGUUUACAAGGCUAUGUUGGACAGUCUCCUAAUUGUAGACCUGAAUGCGUAAGCAAUGAAGAAUGUUCGACACAUAUGUCUUGUGUAAAUAUGAAAUGUAAAAAUCCUUGCGAAAGUGCCUGUGCUCCAAAUGCAGAGUGCAAAGUCGUUAGUCACUCACCAAUUUGCCUGUGUCCUGUCGGAUUUACUGGAGACCCGUUAUUCAAUUGUAUUCAAGUACCGAUUUAUUCGGAGUCCAUUACUACACCAUGCUCACCUUCUCCGUGUGGAGUAAAUGCAAUAUGUAAAGAGAGAAAUAAUGCAGGAUCAUGUAUAUGCAUCGAGAACUAUAUUGGAAAUCCAUAUGAAGGCUGUCGACCAGAAUGUGUAGUAAAUACUGAUUGUCGCUCUAAUAUGGCGUGUAUCAGUAAUAAGUGUGCAGAUCCAUGUCCUGGAAGCUGUGGUAACUAUGCUGAUUGCCAAGCAGUGAAUCAUGUACCUUUAUGUACUUGUAAGACUGGAUACACAGGAGAUCCAUUUAGAUACUGCGUCUAUCAAGAAUCAUCACCACCAGAAGCAGUUGAUAUUUGCUAUCCAUCACCAUGUGGCCCUAAUAGUCAGUGUAAAGAAAUUAAUAAGCAAGCUGUGUGUUCCUGUCUUCCGGAGUACAUAGGGUCUCCGCCUAACUGUCGCCCAGAAUGUGUUGUGAGCUCUGAAUGUUCACAAAACAAAGCUUGUGUUGAUAACAAAUGUAUUAAUCCAUGUCCCAAACCAUGUGGUCAAAAUACUAAUUGCAAAGUCGUCAAUCACAGUCCAAUCUGUUCAUGCAAUCCAUCAUACACUGGCGAUCCUUUCACCAUUUGCACUCUAGUCAGAAUGGAAUCACCUCCGGAUGUUAAUAAUCCCUGUCUGCCUUCUCCGUGUGGCCCUAAUGCGGAAUGCCGUAAUAUUGGAAAUAACCCAUCUUGUUCUUGUUUACCUACUUUUAUGGGUAGUCCACCAAACUGUAGACCGGAAUGUACUAUACAUUCUGAUUGUGCUAGUGAUCGUGCUUGUAUAAAUUCAAGAUGUCAAGAUCCUUGCCCAGGUGCCUGCGGGUUAUCAGCUACAUGCACUGUACUUAAUCAUAUACCAAUUUGUACCUGUAUAGAAGGAUAUACAGGUGAUCCAUUUACCAGCUGUAUAUUAAAACCUUUAGAAGUUGAGCCCUCAGUCGUAGAUGCUUGUGCUAAUAUACGCUGUGGUGCAAAUGCAGAAUGUUUUAAUGGCCAAUGUCAAUGCUUACCUGAAUAUCGAGGUGAUCCAUACUUCAAUUGUCGUCCAGAAUGCAUAUUCAGUACAGAAUGUGAUGAAACCAAAGCUUGUGUACAAAGAAAAUGUGUCGAUCCGUGUAUUAACGCAUGCGGUCAGAAUGCUGUUUGUCAAGUAGUGAACCAUAUUCCAAUGUGUAGUUGUCAAAACGGAUUUACUGGAAACGCUUUUGUAAUAUGCAACCCAAUUAGAGCGUCUCCUACUGGAAAUCCAUGUAGUGCUGCAAUCUGUGGACCAAACAGUCAAUGCCGAGAGAUUAAUAAUCAAGCUGUUUGUUCGUGCUUGCCAACGUAUUUGGGUAUACCACCGGCCUGCAGACCAGAAUGUGUCAGUAGUGCAGAAUGUCCACAAAACAAAGCCUGCACAAAUCAGAAAUGUGUAAAUCCUUGUAUUGGAGCAUGCGGCCUGAAAGCUAUGUGUGAAGUAAUUAAUCAUAAUCCAAUAUGUUCCUGCCCACCGACUCACUCUGGUGACCCAUUUGUGGAAUGUACCUUCAUAACAAGUGCCCCUCCUGUAAUAACAAAUCCAUGUCAACCAUCACCUUGUGGUCCCAAUUCCAUUUGUCAAGAUGUAGGUGGCACUCCAUCGUGCACCUGCAUGCCUGAAUAUAGAGGACAACCACCAUAUUGUAAACCUGAAUGCAUAAGUAAUAGUGAAUGCCCAAUUCAUUUGGCCUGUACGAAUCAAAAAUGUAAAGAUCCGUGUACCAGGGCAUGUGGUACUAACGCCGAGUGUCGUGUAGUUAGUCAUUCCGCCAUGUGUCUAUGUCCACAAGGCUAUGUUGGGGACCCAUUCACGCAAUGUCUUUUGCAAACACCGACAGAAAUUUUAACACCAUGUUCACCGUCUCCUUGCGGUCCUAAUGCUAUUUGUAAAGAACAGAAUAGAGUGGGAUCAUGUAUUUGUAAUGAUGGAUAUUUUGGCAAUCCAUAUGAAGGUUGCCGUCCAGAAUGUGUAACUGAUUCUGACUGCUCAGGAAACCAAGCUUGUAUACGAAAUAAGUGUCAGGAUCCAUGUCCAGGAACCUGUGGAAUAAAUGCUGAAUGUACUACCAUAAAUCACUCACCAUCGUGCACUUGUUUUACUGGGUAUACAGGUGAUGCAUUUAGACGCUGCAAUCCAAUACCACCACAACAUACUCCAAUAAACGUUUGUAAUCCAAGUCCAUGUGGUCCAAAUAGCCAAUGCAGAGUAGUAAAUGAACAAGCUGUAUGCAGCUGUCUGACCAACUUCGUUGGUCAACCACCUUCAUGUAAAUCGGAAUGCUUGUUAAAUUCUGACUGUGCUUCGGAAAAGGCUUGUGUAAAUCAAAAAUGCAUCAAUCCAUGUAUCAAAACGUGUGGUAUGCAAUCUGAAUGCAGAGUAUUCAAUCAUAAUCCCAUAUGCAGCUGUAGAUCAGGAUUUACAGGAGAUCCAUUUACAAGAUGCUAUCCUAAACCAGAACCACUACCGAUAAUGAAUGAAGAAAGUGAUCCAUGCGUUCCAUCCCCGUGUGGCUCAAAUGCUAUUUGUCGUAACUUUGGAGAUCAACCAUCUUGUUCUUGUACUCCUGGUUAUUUUGGAAGUCCUCCUAAUUGUAGACCGGAAUGUAUAACAAAUCAAGAUUGUAUCAGUUCUCUCGCCUGUAUUAGAGAAAAAUGCACAGAUCCAUGUCCCGGCUCUUGUGGAUUAAAUGCUCAGUGUAAAGUGAUAAAUCAUGUUUCCAUUUGUACAUGCAAUGAGGGCUUUAAGGGUGAUCCAUUCAAUGCAUGUACAUUCAAGCCAGCGGAAGAAUCAACUCUUAUUGAUGCAUGUAAUCCAUCACCCUGUGGUCCUAAUGCGGAUUGUAACAACGGUGUAUGCAAAUGUUUAGCGGAAUAUCAAGGCGAUCCAUAUAUAGGUUGUCGACCUGAAUGUACAGUUAGUACUGACUGCUUGAAAAACCAAAUAUGUGUGAAGAAAAAAUGUACAAAUCCCUGUCCUGAUACCUGUGGUGCCAAUGCAAUUUGCGAAGUUAUAAAUCAUAUUCCUAUGUGUAGUUGCCCUUCAGGAUAUACUGGCAAUUCUUUUGUGUCUUGCAACGCUGUGCUUGUUCCUCAGCCAACAAAUCCUUGUAAUCCAAGCCCAUGUGGCCCAAACAGCCAAUGUCGAGAGAUGAACAAUGUUGCUGUGUGUUCAUGCGUUCCAGGCUAUUUAGGAAAUCCACCAACUUGUCGACUGGAAUGCACUACCAGCGCAGAGUGUUCUUUAAAUAAAGCCUGUAACAAUUAUAAAUGCGUAAACCCUUGUAAUGGUGCUUGUGGUAUUGGUGCGCUUUGUGAAGUGGUGAAUCAUAAUCCUAUAUGUUCAUGUCCUAAUGAAUAUACAGGAGAUCCGUUUAGAAGAUGUAUUUUACGACCUCAAAUGCUGCCGCAAGUAAAUCCUUGUUUACCCUCUCCUUGUGGUCCAAAUUCUGUGUGCCAAACUUUAAACGAUUCACCAUCAUGUACCUGUAUGCCAGAAUUCAUAGGAGUCCCUCCGAAUUGUCGUCCUGAAUGCACAAGUAAUAGUGAAUGUGCAAACCAUAUGGCUUGCAUAAAUAAUAAAUGUGGCGAUCCUUGCAUAGGCGCUUGUGGUUCAAUGGCACAGUGUCGCGUAGUCAGUCAUACACCUAAUUGUGUGUGCCUACAGGGGUACGUAGGAGAUCCAUUUGUGGCAUGCAGUGCACAAGAAAUAAAUAUACUAUCGGAACGACCAACUCCAUGCACACCAUCACCUUGUGGAAGCAACGCGUUAUGUAAAGAAAGAAAUAAUGUCGGUUCAUGUAUAUGCUUCCCUGGAUACUUUGGAAAUCCAUAUGAAGGAUGCCGACCUGAAUGCAGUGUUAAUACUGAUUGUCCCUCUGAUAGGGUUUGUCAACAAAAUAAAUGUCAAGAUCCUUGUCCUGGCACUUGCGGCAAUAAUGCUCAGUGCCUAUCUAUAAAUCACGCACCAAUUUGUUCAUGUAUUCCUGGAUAUACAGGAAAUCCUUUCGAAAACUGUUUCAUUCAACAAAAUGAAUCGCCAUCAAACCCUUGUUCACCAUCGCCAUGUGGACCAAAUAGUGCUUGUAAAGUUGUAAACGAACAAGCGGUUUGUAGCUGUAGGCCUGAGUUUCGUGGUUCACCGCCAAACUGCAGACCCGAGUGCGUCGUCAGUGCUGAGUGCCCAAUGAACAAAGCAUGUAUAUCUCAGAAAUGCAACGAUCCUUGUGAAAAACAAUGUGGGCAAAAUGCUAAAUGCCAAGUUAUCAACCAUAGCCCAAUUUGUACUUGUAUAGAACGCUUCACUGGAGAUCCAUUUAGCAGAUGCUAUCCAUUAAUAUUAGAAGUCCCAUCACAAACUCCCACAGAUCCAUGCGUUCCAUCUCCUUGUGGUCCCUUUAGCGAAUGUAGAGAUAUCGGCGGCAUUCCUUCUUGUUCAUGCCAACAGAAUUAUAUCGGUGCUCCACCUGGUUGUCGUCCUGAAUGUACUAUAAAUUCUGACUGCUCAAGUAACUUAGCUUGUAUAAAUAAAAAAUGUAAGGAUCCGUGUCCAGGGUCAUGCGGAUUAAAUGCGCAGUGUGUAGUAAACAAAAAUGUACCGGUCUGCUCAUGUUUGGACAAUUACAUUGGAGACGCAUUUACUGAAUGUAAAUUGCAAGUAAUCCAUGAUGAAGUAGAUCCCUGCAAUCCAACGCCAUGUGGUGCUAAUGCUUUAUGUAGUGACGGGAAAUGCUCAUGUCUACCGGAGUAUCAAGGAAAUCCUUACUUAGAAUGUCGUCCUGAAUGUGUUCUUAGUUCAGAUUGCCCUCAAGACAAAGCAUGCCAACGAAACAAAUGUGUGAAUCCUUGCAACGUUGGUGUGUGUGCUUCUAACGCAUUUUGUGAAGUCAUUAAUCAUAUACCUAUGUGCCGAUGUCCUGAAAGGAUGUCUGGAAAUGCCUUUGUGCAAUGCGUUCCUAUUGAAGUUGAAAAACCUCAGCCAUGCCAGCCAAGUCCAUGUGGACCUAAUAGUCAAUGUCGAGAUGUAAGUGGGCAAGCAGUAUGCUCGUGUUUAACUGGUUUUAUUGGAAUACCACCUUCUUGUAGACCUGAGUGUAUAGUAAAUACUGAUUGCCCACCAAGUGAAGCUUGUACCAACAGAAAAUGCGUUAAUCCAUGUCAAGGAGCCUGUGGUGUAGAAGCUAAAUGUCAAGUCAUGAAUCAUAAUCCUAUUUGUUCCUGUCCAUCUUCAUAUACUGGCAAUCCAUUUGUUAGAUGCGUCUUCCAAGAAUUUACACCUGAACCCAGCGAUCCCUGCACACCAUCACCUUGUGGACCUAAUUCUAUAUGCAAAGAUACUUUAGGAUCUCCUUCUUGUUCUUGCAUGACUGGUUUCAUAGGAAAACCACCGUAUUGUAAACCAGAAUGCAUAAGUAAUUCUGAAUGUCCUCUAAACAAAGCAUGUAUUAAUACUAAAUGUAUCGAUCCUUGUAUAGGAUCAUGCGGUACAUAUGCGGAAUGUCAUGUAAUUAGCCAUUCUCCGUCAUGUUCUUGUCAAGCAGACUACACAGGAAACCCAUUUAUAGAAUGCCAUAAACAGGACAUACAAUAUGACACGGUGACGCCUUGCCAACCAUCGCCUUGUGGCGCGAAUGCUAUUUGUAAAGAAUUUAACGGUGCUGGAUCUUGUACAUGUUUGUCUGGUUAUCAAGGUAAUCCAUAUGAAGGCUGUCGACCAGAAUGUUUAAUAAGUACAGAUUGUCCGUCUAAUAAAGCAUGUGUUCAGAAUAAAUGUCAAGAUCCCUGUCCAGGAGCUUGUGCUCCGAACGCUUUCUGUAUUGUUAUCAAUCAUGCUCCAUCAUGUUCCUGCGGUCGAGGUUUCACUGGAGAUCCAACCCGUUAUUGUACACCUGAACAGAUCCAAAACACGCCCUUGAAUGUCUGUCAACCAUCUCCAUGUGGACCAAAUAGUAAAUGCCAGGAAGUAAAUAAACAAGCUGUAUGUUCCUGUGCUCCAAAUUAUAUUGGAUCUCCACCCGGUUGUCGUUCAGAAUGCAUCAUAAGCAAUGAAUGCCCAAAAGAUAAAGCCUGUAUAAAUCAGAGGUGUGAAAAUCCCUGUAAUGAUGCUUGUGGAAUUAACUCCGAAUGUAGAAUUAUAAACCAUAAUCCAAUUUGUAUAUGCAAACAACAAUAUACUGGUGAUCCAUUCACCAGAUGUAUUCCGAUAACACCGCCUGUUUCUAAUUCAGUUUUGGAACCAUACAAAAAUCCUUGUUUACCAUCUCCAUGUGGACCAAAUGCAAUUUGCCAAGAAACAGGAAGUGUUCCAUCGUGUGCUUGUAUGGUAAAUUACAUUGGUACUCCACCAAAUUGUAGACCUGAAUGUACUAUAAAUGCAGAAUGUCCAACAUCUCAGGCGUGUAUUCAACAAAGAUGUCGAGAUCCAUGCCCUGGUUCUUGUGGUAUAAAUGCAAUAUGCUCUGUAUCGCGUCAUAAUCCUAUUUGUACAUGUCCUGACGGUUAUACGGGAGAUGCCUUUGCAGUUUGUACACCAAAAUUACCUGAUGCCGAUGUCCCCAUUGACAAAUGUAAUCCAUCACCUUGUGGUACCAACGCAUUAUGCAAUAAUGGUCAAUGUUAUUGUAUGGACGAAUAUCAUGGUGAUCCGUAUAUUGGAUGUCGGCCAGAAUGCGUACUAAGUACCGACUGUACGCGAGAAAAAGCUUGUUUGAAAAACAAGUGUGUGAAUCCUUGCAAAGGAACAUGCGCUGCUAAUGCAAUUUGUGAUGUAAUAAAUCAUAUACCGAUGUGUAGUUGUCCCCAAGGAAUGACUGGCAAUGCCUUCUAUGGAUGUGAAUUGAUAAAAGUGCCAAUUGAAACCAACCCAUGCCUUCCGUCGCCAUGCGGACCGAAUAGCCAAUGUAGAGAAGUAAACGGCCAAGCCGUAUGUACUUGUGUACAAGGGUAUAUGGGCAGUCCUCCAUUAUGUAGACCAGAGUGUAUUGUUAGUUCAGAUUGUGCACCUAACAAAGCGUGUUCUAAUCAGAAAUGUAUUGAUCCUUGCAUAGGAUCAUGUGGUGUUGAUGCCGUUUGUAAUAUUGUUAAACAUAAUCCAAUAUGUACUUGUCCACCUUCCUACACUGGAGAUCCGUUCAAAAGAUGUUCACAAUACAGACCACAAUAUACCGAUGUUACACCUUGUACACCUUCACCAUGUGGACCAAACUCAAUAUGCAAAGAAAUUUCAGAGAGUCCCUCUUGCACAUGUAUGUCAAACUUCUUUGGUACUCCCCCAUACUGCAGACCAGAAUGUUCGAGUAACAGUGAAUGUACUUCUGACAAAGCCUGUAUUAAUCAAAAAUGUAAAGAUCCAUGCAUCGGUGCUUGUGGUGUUAAUGCACUUUGCAAAACUAUAAGUCAUUCUCCAAUGUGCUUCUGCGAAAACGGCUUUUCUGGAGACCCAUUUUUAAAUUGUGCUGUACAACAAGACAUUACUCCAGAAAGGCCUACCCCUUGUGAUCCUUCACCAUGUGGGCCUAAUGCUAUAUGUAAAGAAAACAAUUCUGCUGGUUCUUGUAUCUGUCUUCCUGAAUAUAUUGGAAAUCCUUAUGAAGGCUGCCGUCCAGAGUGCACUGUAAGCACUGAUUGCACACCAAAUAAGGCUUGUAUCCGUAAUAAAUGCCAGGAUCCAUGUCCUGGAACAUGCGGAUCUAUGGCCACUUGUAUUGUUGUUAACCACUUACCCACUUGUAGUUGUUCUCCCGGCUACACUGGAGAUCCCUAUCGUAGAUGUGACAUUAUGAAUGAACCCAACCCGGAACCGCCAACUGCAUGUCUGCCAAAUCCUUGUGGACCUAAUAGUAUCUGUCGUCCUGUCAAUGGUCAGAGUGUAUGUUCAUGUAUGUCAAACUAUGUCGGUUCACCACCUGGGUGUAGACCAGAAUGUACUGUUAGUUCUGAAUGUGCUUCAGAUAAAGCCUGUAUAAACCAGAAAUGUACUGACCCUUGUCCAAAACAUUGUGGAUCAAAUACCGAUUGCCGAGUAAUUAAUCAUAGUCCUAUAUGUUCUUGUCGUUCGGGAUUUAUAGGAGAUGCCUUCACCCGAUGCUAUUCAAAGCCAACGCUUGAAUAUCCUCCAGAACCAAAUCGUAAUCCUUGUGUACCAAAUCCAUGUGGUGAAAACGCUAUAUGCCGUGAUAUCAAUAACGCUCCUUCUUGUACUUGUAUGGCGAACUACCAAGGACUGCCACCAAAUUGCCGACCUGAAUGUGCUAUUAAUCAAGAUUGUCCACUUAACAAAGCUUGCAUGAACUUAAAAUGUCGCGACCCAUGUCCCGGCAGUUGUGGCCAACAGGCAAUUUGUACAGUUUUCAAUCAUUAUCCCGCAUGUACAUGCCCACAAGGUUAUAGUGGUGAUCCAUUCACACACUGUGUUCUUCAAUUACCAACAAACGAUGUAAUAGCGACUGAUCCAUGUAACCCAUCACCAUGUGGAUUUAAUACAAAUUGUAGGGAUGGGCAAUGUACUUGUCUGAAUGACUAUUAUGGCGAUCCAUAUGUCGGAUGUAAACCUGAGUGUGUCAUAAAUAUGGAUUGCUCUGCAGACAAGGUUUGCUCUAGAAACAAAUGUAUCAACCCAUGUCCAGGACCAUGUGCCGUAACAGCACACUGUAAUGUUUAUAAUCACAUACCAAUCUGUUCUUGUCCUGAAGGCACAUCAGGAAAUGCUUUUAUAGGAUGUAAUAUAGUAGAAAUAACAAAAGUAGAAGCGUGUAAACCUAGUCCAUGCGGACCUAACAGUCAAUGUCGUCCAAUAAAUAAUCAAGCGAUAUGUUCAUGUUUACCGACAUUUAUUGGUAGUCCGCCUUCAUGCCGACCAGAGUGUUCAAUUAGCGCUGAAUGUCCAUCCAAUGAAGCAUGUAACAAUCAUAAAUGUAUAAAUCCUUGCGUGGGUUCUUGUGGCUAUGGAGCAAAAUGUGAAGUAAUCAAUCAUAAUCCAAUAUGUUCAUGUCCACCGCAAUACACCGGAGAUCCGUUUACAUAUUGUACUCCUAUAGUUGCAUCACCUUUACCACCUGUUGAUCCAUGCUCACCGUCACCGUGUGGUCCAUACUCUACUUGCAAAGUAAUUGGAGAAUCUCCAUCAUGUGUUUGUCAAGCUGAGUAUAUAGGUUCACCGCCUAAUUGCCGGCCAGAAUGCAUUAGUAAUUCUGAAUGCCCUAGCAACCUAGCUUGUGUCAACCAAAAGUGUAAAAAUCCCUGUCCAGGAAGCUGUGGAUAUAAUGCGGAUUGCAAAAUAAUUAGUCAUGCUUUGGUGUGUUCUUGUCCGUAUGAUAAAACCGGGGAUCCUUUAAUUUCUUGUAAUUCAUUUGAAGAUACUCCAAUAGAAUACGAUUCGCCCUGCGAUCCUUCGCCAUGCGGAAUUAAUGCUGUAUGUACUGAGAGAAAUGGCGCUGGAUCAUGUAAAUGUGUCGAGUCUUAUGUGGGUAAUCCAUAUGAAGGAUGUAGACCAGAAUGUGUAAUAAACAGCGAUUGUCCUCCGAUGUUAGCUUGUAUUCAGAACAAAUGUAAAAACCCAUGUCCUGGAGUAUGUGCACCAAAUGGAUUGUGUCAAGUUAUAAAUCAUUUGCCGUCCUGUUAUUGUCCACCUGGUUUAACAGGCAACGCUUACUCAUACUGCGUUGAAAAAAUUGAAGAUAUACAAAAACCUACUCCAUGUACUCCAUCGCCUUGUGGUCCUAAUAGUCAGUGUCGUGAAAUAAAUUCUCAAGCAAUAUGUAGUUGCCAAGUUGACUUUAUGGGUACGCCACCAAACUGUCGCCCAGAAUGUAUAAUCAACAGUGAAUGCUCAAGUGACAAAGCCUGCAUUAAUAGGAAAUGUGUAGAUCCUUGUGUUGGACAAUGUGCCCGGAAUGCCAUCUGUAGAGUAUUCUCACAUAAUCCAAUAUGUUCAUGUCAAGACCAUUACACCGGCGAUCCUUUCACUAACUGUAUACCAAUGCCAAUACAGAAUGUUAUACCACAACCUCCGGCGAAUCCUUGUGUCCCAUCACCAUGUGGUCCAAAUUCACAGUGUCAAGAAUACGGCGGCAAUGCUCGAUGUACCUGCCUACCGAACUACAUUAGCUCGCCACCAAACUGCAGACCAGAAUGUACUAUAAAUUCUGAAUGCAAUGCAAUUAAAUCAUGCAUAAACAAUAGAUGUGUAGAUCCUUGCCCAGGAGCAUGUGGAAAUAACGCUCAAUGUAAUGUCAAUAAUCAUCUACCAAUUUGUUCCUGUUUGUCUGGAUUUACCGGGGAUCCAUUUAGCAAUUGUAAUAUCAUGCAUGAAGAACCAGUCGAUCCAUGUUCUUCUUCUCCUUGUGGGCCUAAUACUGUCUGUCGAGAUGGUGUUUGUUUAUGUAUAGAAGAGUACUACGGUGAUCCCUAUAUUGGAUGCAAACCUGAAUGUGUCUUGAACUCCGAUUGUCCAAGACAUAAAUCCUGCAUAAAAUACAAAUGCACCAAUCCCUGUGAAGGAACAUGUGGUACUGAUGCAGUAUGUGAAACUAUUAACCAUAUUCCUAUGUGUUCAUGCCCACCGGGAACCACUGGAUCCCCAUUUUCUUAUUGCUCAAAAAUUAACUCAGAUUUAGCGUUACCAAUUAACUUGUGUGAACCUUCUCCUUGUGGGCCUUACAGCCAGUGCCGAGACGUAACAGGACACGCUGUGUGCGUUUGUGUCCAAGGCUAUAUUGGCAGUCCUCCGAAUUGUCGACCAGAAUGUGCUGUAAGCUCCGACUGUAAUCUUAACCAAGCAUGUUCUAAUCAGAAAUGUAUAGACCCGUGUCCAGGAGCUUGCGGACGUAACACGCAAUGUAUAGUAGUAAAUCAUAAUCCAGUAUGUACCUGUUUGGCAGGCUACUCUGGCGAUCCAUUUUCAGUCUGCCAAUUAAUACCUGCUGCGCCACCAGUAAAAAUAAAUCCUUGCUUGCCUUCACCAUGUGGACCUAAUUCACAAUGCACUGAAAAUGGCGAGUUUGCUGAUUGUAGAUGCUUAUCAGAGUUCAUUGGCUCUCCACCCAACUGCCGACCUGAAUGCACUAGCAAUACCGAUUGUUCAUCAAAUACGGCUUGUUUAAAUAGAAAGUGUCAAGAUCCAUGCCCUGGUUCUUGUGGGCAGAAUGCAGAAUGUAGGGUUGUAAGUCAUACUCCUAUAUGUCUGUGUCAAAAUGGAUUCACAGGUGAUCCUUUCUAUUCCUGUAAUCUUGAAGUGGCUGCAUCAGUAGAAGAACGUCCAACUCCUUGUGUACCGUCACCAUGUGGAGUCAAUGCUGAAUGUAGAGAGCAAAAUAAUGCCGGAUCUUGCACAUGCCUACCAGGAUAUCUUGGAAAUCCGUAUGAGGCUUGUAAACCAGAAUGUAUUCUAAGUUCAGAUUGUGCUUCAAAUCUUGCAUGUAUACAAAACAAAUGUAAGGAUCCAUGUCCUGGAACUUGUGGUAUAAAUGCUGUGUGCAACGUAAUAAAUCAUAUUCCAACGUGUUCAUGUUUCGAACAAUAUUAUGGAGAUCCAUAUAAGAUAUGUACAAUAAAAGUUCAAAUGGAACCAUUGGAUCCUUGUAAUCCUUCACCAUGCGGACCUUACAGUAAUUGCAAAUCUCAGAAUGGUUUAUCUAUAUGUACUUGUUUAAGUGGAUAUCAAGGUUCACCACCGGUAUGCCGCCCGGAAUGUAUUACUAGUUCUGAAUGUUCAUUGGAUAAAGUCUGCGAAAAUUUGAAAUGUGUUUCGCCUUGUCCGAAAGCCUGUGGCCAGAACACAGAUUGUAAGAUGAUCAAUCAUAAUCCCAUUUGUACCUGUAAAGAAGGAUAUACUGGAGAUCCCUUCACCAUUUGUCUUAAACAGCAAAAACCACAAUAUUCAAUUGAGGAAUUCGUUAAUCCAUGUGUUCCUUCCCCAUGUGGCCUAAAUGCUGAAUGUCGAGAUAUAGGAAAAAUUCCUUCAUGCACAUGUAUGGUAGGUUUCUUUGGUAGCCCACCUAAUUGCAAACCAGAAUGCGUUAUAAGUACAGACUGCAGCAACAAUAAAGCCUGUAUAAAUAUGAAAUGUCAAGAUCCUUGUCUGGGCUCCUGUGGACUAAACGCUAUGUGCAAUGUUAUUAAUCACGUACCAGUAUGCUCAUGUCCCGUAGGAUAUCAAGGCAAUCCAUUUUCAGCAUGUAGUAUUAAACCACCAGAACAACCACAUCACGUCGACCCAUGUCACCCAUCACCGUGUGGUCCAAACGCUCAAUGUAACAACGGCAUAUGUACAUGCUUACCUGAAUAUCAAGGAGAUCCAUACUUUGAGUGUCGACCUGAAUGUGUAUUAAACUCUGACUGUCCUCCAAAUAAAGCUUGUUUACAAUUAAAAUGUAUUGAUCCCUGCCGUAAUAUGUGCGGAAUUAACGCAGAGUGCAAUGUUUACAACCACGUUGCUAUAUGCAGUUGUCCAAGGGGUACAACGGGAAGUUCUUUCAUAGAAUGCACCAAAAUAGAAAAUCCUGUUACUAGGCCUUGUGAACCAUCACCUUGUGGGCCAAGUAGUAUAUGCCGGGAAGCAAAUGGUCAAGCUGUAUGUGCUUGCAUUCAAGGUUUUAUAGGCAAUCCACCAAAUUGCCGACCAGAAUGUAUUCAAAGUACAGACUGCUCUUCAAAUUUAGCUUGCAUAAAUCGCAAAUGUCAGGAUCCAUGUCCUGGUUCUUGUGGACAUAAUGCUUUAUGUGACGUUAAAAAUCAUAAUCCAAUAUGUACUUGUCCGGACAGAUAUACUGGAUCACCAUUCAGUUCUUGCUACGUUUUACCUCUGGAGGAACCAGCAGCCAAUCCAUGCAUACCGUCGCCGUGUGGUUCAAACAGCCUAUGUACAGUAACUUCGGAUAGAAAAUCACAUAAUUGUGCUUGUCAACCAACUUUUGAGGGUAUUCCCCCACAAUGUCGCCGAGAAUGUGCUUCGAAUGAUGAAUGCCCUUCGAACAAAGCCUGUAUCAAUUUCAAAUGUUCAGAUCCUUGCCCCGGCUCUUGUGGUGUUAAUACUAAUUGCGCAGUUCAUCUACAUAGUCCUAUGUGUUCUUGCCAAAAUGGUUUUACAGGCGAUCCAUUUACAUCGUGUUAUCUUAAACCCACUGUUAACGAGCCCAUAGAUCCAUGCAACCCAACACCGUGUGGCUCAAACUCCCGUUGUAAAGUAUCAACAAAUGGAGCUGCUGCAUGCAUCUGUGAACCAGGUUACUUCGGUAAUCCUUAUGAAAAUUGUAGACCAGAAUGUGUCGUAGAUAAUGAGUGUCCAUUUAAUAAAGCUUGUAGGAAGAAUCGAUGCGAAGAUCCCUGCCCAGGAGUAUGCGGUUCAACGGCAAUUUGUCAAGUUAUUAAUCAUGUACCAACUUGCAACUGUGCGUCAGGUUAUACCGGAAAUCCAUACCAAUACUGUCACAUUUUUAUAAAGGAUAAUGAACCUACAUUUGAAAAUCCAUGUGUACCAAAUCCGUGCGGAAUCAACACCGUUUGUAAGAAUAACAAUGGCUUGGCAACAUGCUCAUGUAUGCCCGAGUUUUACGGAUCCCCUCCUAACUGUCGUCCGGAAUGUACUGUUAGUGCAGAAUGCAUGGUAACAAUGAGUUGUGUAAGACAGAAAUGUGUUGAUCCAUGUAUCGGUGCUUGCGGACAAGAUGCUGAGUGUAGAGUUGUUAAUCACGCACCUAUUUGUACAUGCCGACAAGGCUUCGAUGGAGAUCCUUUUAUAAGAUGUGCCAUUAUAACCAUCUCAUCACCUGCGCGAGAACAAAACCCAUGUCUACCCUCACCAUGUGGUCCAAAUGCUCUCUGUCAAAUCACUAAUAACGUUCCUGUAUGUUCGUGUAUAAACAACUACAUCGGAGCACCACCUAACUGCAGAGCAGAAUGUACUAUUAAUUCGGACUGUUCAAGUACCAUGGCCUGUAUUAAUCAAAAAUGCCGUGAUCCUUGUCCCGGUUCUUGUGGUCUUCAAACUGAAUGUCUAGUUUAUCAGCAUGCUGCCAUUUGCAGCUGUAGAGAAGGGUAUACCGGAAAUCCCUUUGAAAGCUGUCAUCCCACAGAGAAUAUAGAACCUGUACCAACAGUAUAUGAUAAGUGCAAUCCAAGUCCAUGUGGCUCAAACGCCGACUGUAAUAACGGGCAAUGUACAUGUAGACCCAAUUAUUUCGGAAACCCUUACUUGAGCUGUCGCCCUGAAUGCACACAAAAUACUGAUUGUGCGCCAAAUUUGGCUUGCUCAAAUAACAAGUGCAUCAAUCCAUGCAUUAACCUAUGUGGUCAAGGCGCACAAUGCGACGUUUUCAAUCAUGUUCCCGUGUGUAGUUGUCCUCCAAAUACGACAGGGAGCGCCUUUUUCGCCUGUACACCGACACCUGUUAAGGCGGAGAAUGAAAAUCCAUGUGAGCCAUCUCCAUGUGGUCCGUACAGUUUAUGUCGUCCUUCUAAUAAUCAGGGCGUCUGCUCCUGUUUGAUCGGUUAUAUCGGCGUACCACCUUCAUGCAGACCUGAGUGUCUAAUUAACUCCGAUUGCACAAGCAUGAUGUCAUGUUCCAACCAGAAAUGUAUAGACCCAUGUUGUGGAUCAUGCGGGUUCAACGCUGAAUGUAAAGUUCAUAAUCACAGACCAAUUUGUUAUUGUCGUAAUGGAUUUACUGGUGAUCCAUUCACCCAAUGCACAGUCCUCAAACAAGAACUACCACCGGUUAAGCCUGCUCCAUGCCAGCCAUCGCCCUGUGGACCAAAUUCUAUAUGUCGAGUAGUCCAGGAAACUGCAUCCUGUUCAUGCUCACCAGGCUUUAUUGGAAAUCCACCAUAUUGUCGCCCUGAAUGUGUUACGAACAGCGAAUGUAGUUUCGAUAAAGCUUGUAUAAAUAAGAAGUGCACUGAUCCAUGUCUCGGAGCGUGCGCUCGUAAUGCUGAAUGUAGAGUCAUUAGCCACUCACCACAAUGUGUAUGUAAUCCAGGAUAUGAGGGAGACUCUUUUGAUUCAUGCGUACCUAUUACUGCUCCCAAACCAGUUGAUCAAGAAAAACCAUGCUCACCAAACCCUUGUGGACCUAACGCUAUCUGUCAAGAACGUAUCAAUGUUGGUAGCUGCACUUGUGUAAAUGGAUACUUUGGUAACCCUUACGAGGGCUGCAGACCAGAAUGUCUUCUUAAUUCUGACUGUGCAGCAAAUUUGGUUUGCAUCAAUAACAAAUGUAAAGACCCCUGUCCAGGCUUAUGUGGUACCAAUGCCCAAUGUCAAAUAGUGAAUCAUGUAGCACAAUGCAUUUGCAAAUUCGGAUACGUGGGUAACCCUUAUAGUAUCUGUACUUACAUAGAAGAAAAACCGACCGAUCCAUGCACACCCUCGCCAUGUGGACCGUACAGUAUUUGCAAAAAUGUUAAUGACAAGGCUAUUUGCACAUGUGAACAAGAAUACAUCGGUACGCCACCAAACUGUCGACCAGAAUGUCUCACAAGUUCUGAGUGUCCGCUUAACAGGGCUUGUAUUAAACAAAAAUGUACAGAUCCCUGUUUAGAAAUGUGCGGAGACAACGCACAGUGCCGCGUCCAUCAUCAUAGUCCCUACUGUACUUGUCUACCAAAAUUUGAGGGGGAUCCAUUUGUCAGAUGCACCAAAGAGAUACAAAUGACCCCACCGGUACCUUCACCAUGUGAACCUAGUCCAUGUGGUCCAUAUUCGACAUGCAAAGACUUAAGUGGUUCAGCCCUUUGCACCUGUAACCCGGGUUAUGUUGGUGCACCACCACGCUGUGCUCCCGAAUGCACCAUCAACCAAGAUUGUGCUAAUGAUAAAGCGUGUGUCAGAGAGAAAUGUGUGGACCCUUGUAUAGGAUCGUGUGGUGCCAAUACAGAAUGUCGAGCUAUGAAUCACCUUGCUAUAUGUACAUGUUUAUCGGGCUACCGUGGAAAUUCAUUUGAAGGCUGCUAUAUGGACCAUGAACCAGAAAAGCCAGUUGAGCCAUGCGAAAGUAACCCAUGUGGUAUUAAUGCAAUUUGCGAUAAUGGAACCUGUUCAUGCAUUACUGGAUACCAUGGUAAUCCGUUUAUCGAGUGUCGACCAGAAUGUACAAGCGACAAUGAAUGUUCAAAACAAAUGGCUUGUGUUAAUUAUAAAUGUACAAACCCUUGCACUAACGCAUGUGGCAGUGGGGCAGUGUGCAACGUUUACAAUCACAUAGCUAUAUGUGAAUGUCCAGCGCCUUUACAAGGAGAUCCUUUCUUAUCUUGUCGUGUAGCAGUGCCCGUUAUAUCGGAGGAUCCGUGCACGCCAAACCCAUGUGGACCGAGCAGCAUAUGCCGUGCGGCAGGCACCGUCGCUCACUGCUCCUGUCAGCCUGCCGCUAACCGAGGACCACCCGGAUGUCGACCUGAGUGCCAUUCUAACUCAGAGUGUCCUCCUAAUCGUAGCUGCCGCAACAAUAAAUGUCAAGAUCCAUGUCCUGGUAGCUGCGGAGCACAUGCUAUAUGCCACGUUCGAAUGCACGCUCCAAUCUGCACUUGCCCAUCUAAUUUUGUUGGUGAUCCAUUCAUUCGUUGUUUACAAGCUGUUGAAGUUGAACCGAAGAUUCCAACGUGCCAGAACUGUGGACCAAAUGCUGAUUGUAUCGAUAACCAGUGUCGCUGUCGAGCUACCUUCUUCGGAGAACCACCUUUUUGUCAAUACGAGUGUCUCAGUUCUAACGACUGCGACUGGCAUCUCACUUGUAUUAAUAAACGUUGUGUGGAUCCGUGUCUCGGUGCUUGCGGCAGUGGGGCGCAGUGUUCGCCCAUAGCACAUGAACCGCGUUGCAGUUGCCCCCAAGGCACUGUCGGAAAUCCUCUCGUACAAUGUCGUCCCUUCGAGAAUAUCCCCAUACCACCAAACCCAUGUAACCCAUCGCCCUGCGGCCCCGGUGCAAUAUGUCGUACAAAAGGAGUUGGCGCUUCUUGCGAAUGCGAGCCUGGUUUACUCGGUGAUCCAUAUACAGGUUGCCGACCGGAGUGCCUUUCUGACUCUGACUGUUCACCAACACGAUCUUGUAUACGAUCACACUGCCGAGAUCCAUGUCAAGGAACUUGUGGCAUAGGUGCAGAAUGUGAAACAGUCAAUCAUGUCCCGUUAUGCUCCUGUCCUCCAGGAACUAGAGGAAAUGCAUUCGAAAAUUGUGAAAUUAUAACAACUCCACCUCCGUGUACACCAUCGCCGUGUGGGCCAGGUGCAUUAUGCAACGUGGUGGGUAACAGUGCUGUAUGCACAUGCCCUACUGGUACUAGUGGUGAUGCGACUUCCACGGGCUGCCGACCCGAAUGUGUUGUUAGCUCGGAAUGUGCACGCGAUCGCACAUGUGUUCGUAAUAAAUGUGUCGAUCCAUGCUUGGGGGCGUGUGGAAAUGGUGCACUAUGUCGCGUGUUUGACCACGCACCUAUAUGCUCGUGUCCACCAUCUACAACAGGGGAUCCAUUUAUCCAAUGUCGCCCCGAGGAACCAGCACCUGCAACUUACGACCCUUGCGAUCCUAAUCCUUGCGGACCUCGUGGAACAUGUCGCGAUGGCUCCUGCAUAUACCCGGAAUGUAUAGUUAACGACGACUGUCCAGGAGAUCGAACCUGUAUUAAUAGAAAAUGUUCAGAUCCUUGUGUAAACGCAUGCGGAAUUAAUUCAUUAUGCACUGGUGUUAGGCAUAGUGCUGUUUGCUCAUGUCCAGUUGGUUAUACCGGUUCACCGUUCGUACGCUGUGAAAGAGUCCUCAUUCCAAUAGCAGCUCCACCCGUGCCUGAAUGUGUCAGAGAUGAGCAAUGUGAUGACAACGCAGCAUGUGUCGACUCCCGUUGUUUACUUGUCUGCAGUUCCACUAAUUGUGGUAUCAAUGCACGUUGUUUAGCUAAACAACACCGAGCUCGGUGUGUGUGCUUACCUGGCUAUGAAGGAAAUGCAUACAGGGGAUGUUAUUCGGUUCAAUGUCAUAGCAAUAAUGAUUGCCCAGACGAUGAAAACUGUGAAAGUGGAUCAUGCGUUAAAGUUUGCACGCGUAUUCGCUGUGGAAUUAACGCUCACUGUACGCCUCGUGGACAUACAGCAAUCUGUGAAUGUGAUAACGGUUCGAAGGGAAAUCCAUGGUCAGCGUGUCGUAGAGACGAAUGUACUUCAGAUAAUGACUGCCCAACUUGGCUGGCUUGUAGACAUGGCAUGUGUCAGGAUCCUUGUCCUGGAGCAUGUGCACCAGAAGCACGUUGUACUGUAACACGUCACACACCGAACUGUGAAUGUCCCCGUGGUACACAAGGCAACCCUAAAAUCCAAUGUCUACCAGUAUUUCAUCAAGUCGAGUGCCAAACGGAUGCCGAAUGCGCCCCGGAUCUAGCAUGCUUGCAGAAUAGUUGUAAGAAUCCUUGUGAGAAGACGUCUUGUGGAAUAGGAGCUGUAUGUCGUGUGACGAAUACAUUGCCGUUCCGCACCCUUGUUUGUGAAUGUCCUAAGCCCCUUACCGGAGACGCGUCUGUAGAAUGUAAACCAAAAGGCCAAUGUAACGAAGACGCAGAAUGCGGAGUUGAGGAGCGUUGCGAGAACAGACGAUGUGACAACGUGUGUAAUACAUUGACAUGUGGCGUCGGCGCCGAGUGUCGUGCUGCUGCACAUCGCGCUUCCUGCCGUUGCAUACCUCCUCUACAGGGCGACCCGCACCAAGAGUGCACACCACCCAGUACACCCAAUGUGCAAUGUACAGUGGAUUCCGAAUGUGCUUCGACCGAAGCGUGCGUGGCACAACGUUGCAUACAAGCAUGUGAAGGGGCGUGCGGUUCCGGUGCGCUCUGUGACGCGCAGUAUCAUCGCGCACGCUGCCACUGUCCACCUGGCACCGCUGGUGAUCCUGCACGCUAUUGCUAUACACCUGAAUGCACUUCAGAUGAGGAUUGUCCAUUUGAUAAGACCUGCAUUAAUGGAUAUUGUCAAGAUCCAUGUGUUCUCGGAUCUCCAUGUGGACGUGAUGCCACUUGUGAAGCUAUUGCUCACGUUGCAACAUGUCGUUGCCCACUUGGUACCCAAGGCGACCCUCAUCGCGCUUGCAUAUCAGUUGCAUGCCAAUAUAACGAAGAUUGCGAAGACUCACAAAUCUGUAAUCGUCUUAAUCGUGCCUGUCAACCAGCUUGCUCUGAAAAUAGCUGCGCCAUCGGCGCUAAGUGUUCUGGUCAAAAUCAUCAACCCGUAUGUACUUGUCCAUCGGGUCGUACUGGCGAUCCAUAUCUGCGUGGUUGCGCUAAAGAAGUCACUCUAGAGUGCACUGUAGAUGCCGACUGUACGUCACCACUUGCAUGUGUCAAUUCGCGAUGCACUGAUCUUUGUGAAGUAAAUCCAUGUGACGUUGGGCUUCUAUGCAAAAUUGUCGACAUAUUACCUUUACGUGCGGUCGCUUGCAUAUGUCCGGAUGGUGGACGCACCACACCAGAUAGUAACUGCAAAUCUCCACCGUCAGCCGAGUGCUCUUCCGAUUCUGAAUGCGUUAUUAGUCAAAUAUGUCAUCGUGGAAGUUGUGUGGACGCUUGCAAAGCGGAUCCAUGUGGACAUAAUGCUCUCUGUGAAUCUAUAGAUCACGCUUCACGCUGCACUUGUCCUCCAGGAUAUAACGGAAACCCAAGAAUUGAAUGUAAUACAGAACCAAGACAACCGUCAAUCGCGGAAUGCUACAGCAAUGAUGAAUGCGAUCCUGAGCGUGCCUGUAUUAAUAGACUUUGUGUCAAUCCUUGCGUCGACUCGUGUGGCCCCGGAGCUCUAUGUCGUGUUAUAAACCAUAAACCCCAAUGUACCUGUCCACGAGGUUUUUCAGGUGUAGCCACUGUGCAAUGUACAGCACCUUUAGACGGAUCGGCAAUACUAGUAGGUUGCAAAGCGAACUCUGAUUGUCCGCUGUCCCAGGCAUGCAUUAAUAGCGCAUGCGCAGACCCAUGUGCAUGUGGCACACACGCAUCUUGCACUGUGCUGCGGCAUCACCCCGUAUGCUACUGCGAGUCCGGAUAUUCUGGCAACCCUUACACCGGUUGCACGAAAGUUGGCUGUUCGUCAGAUUCUGAAUGUUCCGAUAGCGACACUUGUUAUAAUGGCGCUUGUGUAAAUCCAUGCAUUUUAGAAGCACCUUGUGCUAUUAGCGCCGAGUGUUAUGGAAAAGGUCAUCGACCUAAUUGUCGCUGUCCUGCAGGAACUAAUGGAAAUCCUUAUACUAGAUGCCAACAUACAGAAUGUCAAAUAAAUAAUGAUUGUAAUGAUGAUAGCAUUUGCGUAAAAGGAUCAUGUCGUAAUGCGUGCUCUUCAGAAGGAGAAAACCUAUGUGCACCAAACGCCGAAUGCAUUGCCCGAAAUCAUGCUGCAUCCUGUAAAUGCCCAUCAGUAUUGCCUCUUGGAGAUCCUCUAACGUACUGUGAAAGAAGACCGUCAGUCACAAAUAUUGAAUGUCAAUACGAUAACGAUUGUCCUAGUAAACACGCUUGCUUAAGAGAUAAAUGUCGUGAAGCUUGCACGGAAUUAAAACCAUGUACAGGUAAUUCUCGUUGUUCUGUAUCUGACAGUGUGCCAUUCCGUACUUUAAUAUGUCGCUGUCCAGAAGGAUAUACACCUGAUGAAAAUGGUUCCUGUAAAUCAGCGCAAUUAACACCUCUUAGCUGUUCGUCCGACCAAGACUGCAGUGAUCAAGAAUCUUGUGUUAACAGAAUUUGUCGCAAUCCGUGCAACUGUGGCGAGAAUGCGGAAUGUUUUAUUCGUGAUCACCGACCCGUUUGUUCUUGUCGGGAUGGUUACGAUGGAGAUCCAUACCGAAUAUGUCGCACAGUUGGUUGUCGCACCAACUCUGAAUGCGAGUCGACCGAAGCAUGCAUUAAUGGCAAUUGUAUUACCCCUUGUCUUUUGAAUAGUACUUGUGGCCCUAAUGCCGAAUGUUAUGUAGAGAGAAAUAAUCCACUGUGUCGCUGUCGCGCUGGUUUUGAAGGUGAUCCUUUUAUCGGCUGUAAUGCAAUCGAAUGUAGAUCUAACGGCGAUUGCCCACAUGACAAACUAUGUCGAGCCCACAGAUGUAUUGAUCCUUGCCUAUCUGGAAACAACUGCGGAAUUAAUGCUAUUUGUCUAGUACGAAACCAUAUUACUGUUUGUAAAUGCGAACAAGGAUUCACUGGAAGUCCAUAUAUACAGUGUAAACCGGAAAUUACAUCUGAAUGUACAGUUGAUGCCGAUUGUCCAUCAAAAUUGGCUUGCUUGUCAUCGAAAUGCGUAAAUCCAUGUACAGUUCUGCGACCUUGUUCAACCCCAGCACGAUGCGAAGUAUCACCAACACUACCCGUUCGUACUAUGCUGUGUACCUGUCCGCCAGGAUAUGUUAGUAGUGGUGGUGGAGUUUGCCGGCCAACAGAACCGAUCAAUAGUGUCGAAUGUGAAUUAGAUAAUGAUUGUAAUACAAAUCAUGCUUGCGUGACAUCUGUUUGUACCAACCCAUGCAAAUGUGGACCAAAUACUGAUUGCCAAAUUAAAGACCAUAAACCAGUAUGCGCGUGUAGACCAGGUUUCAUCGGUGACGCACGAACUGGAUGUUAUGAAAUCUUAUGUACAUCAGAUCAACAAUGUUCAGAUGAUGAAAGUUGUAUUAAUAAUCGCUGCGUCCCAGCUUGCUCUGUUGAACCAGAUGUAUGUGAACAAUCUGCUGAGUGUUACGGCGUAAAUCAUCGAGCAUCUUGUCGUUGCAAGAUAGGCACUGUAGGAAAUCCAUCAAUCGCAUGUACACCAAUCGGUUGUCGUGCAGAUUCGGAAUGCCCACCCGAUAAAUCUUGUAUAAAUUCAAAAUGUGUCAAUCCAUGUACUACAGAAAUAUGCAAUGAACCGGCCGAAUGUCGCGUACAUUUCCACGAAGCACACUGUGUGUGCCCACCAGGAUAUCAAAGCACGGAUACAGGAUGUAAUAAAACUCCGGAGCCUCAAUGUAUAUCGGAUAUCGACUGCCCAUCUGGAACUGCGUGUCUGAACUCCAAGUGUAUUGACCCCUGUCUUGAGACAAAACCAUGCGGUAUUAAUGCUGAAUGCAAGGUCGUCAACACACUUCCUGUCCGCACAAUGGUAUGCGAAUGUUUAACCGGAUAUAGAGGAAAUGCUCUGAUAGAAUGUACACCUAAUAAAAUUCCAAGAGCAAAAUGCAUAGAGGGACAAGGUGUUGAUGUAUUAGGUGAAUGCGUACCCUGUCACUACGAAAACGGAUACAUAGUGGACAGUCGUGGACGAUGCGUAUGCGACACCGUGCGUGGGUAUACGACACGCGGUGAUACAUGCGUUCAAGCGGGCUGUGCCUCGGAUAACGAAUGCGAUAACCAUGAACGAUGCCUCAACCGCGGCUGCGUCGACGCUUGUGCUGCCGAGCCUUGCGGUAUAUCCGCUCUUUGUAACGCAACAGCCCACCGCUCCCAUUGUACUUGCAAGCCUGGAUACUUUGGCAACCCUAAAGUGCAAUGUAAUUCCAGCACUCCACCCGAUAUUAGUUACCGCACUGACUUCCCUCUGCCAGACAUGCAGGUACAUUGCUUAGCAAAUGGAGUCCGCGUUAGCCUAAAAAUUAAGGAUUUCAACGGAGUAUUAUACGUAAAGGGUUACAGCAAGGACGAACGCUGCCACCGUGUCGUACAUACUACAGAGAAUCAGGAGAGCCCUGUAGAUUUCACCGUUCACUUUGGAGAUUGUGGCCUCGUGCAUAUUAAUGGUUUAGCAAGCUUCGUCUUAGUCAUGCAGAAACAUCCAAAACUAGUGACAUCCAACGCUAAAGCGUUCCAUAUAAAGUGUAUCUAUCAAACAGGCGAGAAAAAUGUAACUCUUGCAUUCAACGUAUCUAUGCUCACCACUGCUGGAACUAUUGCAAAUACCGGCCCACCGCCCACCUGUUCUAUGAGGAUUGUAACUCGUACUGGCGAUCAAGUCAGCUCUGCUGAAAUCGGUCAAAACUUGAUACUACAAGUAGACGUACAACCAUCCAGUAUUUACGGUGGAUUUGCACGUAGCUGUAUCGCAAAAACGAGCGAAAUAUCGACGAAAGCAGAGAACGAACAUAUAGUUACGGAUGCCGAUGGUUGCGCCACGGACGCGGCCAUUUUUGGUGAAUGGGAACGUAGCGAAGAUGGUAGCGCCCUACGAGCCUCUUUUAAUGCUUUUAAAUUUCCCAGCAGUGACAACAUUCGAUUCCAAUGUAACAUACGUGUAUGCUUUGGAAAAUGUCAACCGGUUAAUUGUCGUGGCUACGACGCUUUUGGAAAACGAAGAAAACGAGAAGCUAUCGACAACGAUCCAUACAACACCCGAUCUAUGGGCAAUGAAGGCCAGCUGCGAGAGGAGGUGACGGUCGAGUCGAAUCCGAUCAUGACAUUGGAGCGACGCGACCCGUCUCGUGUAGCGCGCCAACGUGACGGCUCCGCAGAAGGUGCAGGAGGUGCAGGCAGCGCUGGAGAAGUAUGCGUGUCAGCAGCUGGCUUGGCCGUAGCACUAGCGUUAACUGCGCUGCUCGCACUGGUGGCCGUAGCCGCUGCUGUGGCGUGUUGGCUGGUAGCGUGGAGACGCGCGCGACCGCCACCUGCACCGUUACCUCACCCGCCCGAUUUUCCAAAUCCGCUGUUUCAGCGUUAAACUCACUGAGAUUCGCUAGUCUUGCGCCCCGCUCCUCCGCCGGCGCCGGGCGGUGUCGGCUCUUCCUUUUCCUCACUAGGACUCAUUCUGUGUGCGCCGUCGGAGGACCGCCGGGCGAGGACGUCGCGAGCGCUUUCCCUCGCAUGCGCUCGCCACGCCCUACUUAGAUUAUUUAAAAUAUCAUAUUGUAAUAAUAUUUUAAUUAACGUGGAAUCGUCGCCUCCUUUAAAUUUUGUGAUAUUCAUAAUAUAAAUAUUCGAAAUCACCAUAAUUGUAUGUAAGUAAAACGAAUAUUAAUUAUAUUUAGUGUAAGUAAAUAAUA